AUGAGUAAGUGUGUGGGAUUUUGUAUUUAUUUAUUUUGGGCAGUGGGAAGGCAGAUAUAUGGUGAAUUAAAUAUUAAUUUAUUGGAACCUAAGGAAAGACCAGGUGCCUAACAUUUAUUGGAGGGGGGUGUCUCUUAUUUCCAAUGUUAUUUGGAUGAUGUCGGUAGCAGAAACAUUUUUUUAAAAAAAUUGUAUUUACAGUAAGACAAAUUAAGGAUCAGCAAAUGAGAUACCUAUAAAAUAAAUAACAAAUAUCAAGAGAUUUAAACAUUGCAACAAAGUUUUGACUGUUAGUGAGCUACUACAGCUGUUAUGGGGGUAGUGUUGUGUGUGUGUGAUGCAUUUUUGUAUGAAUGUGGCACUGCUAUAGUGUCUUUAUGUUUUUAAAUAUGUCAUUAUCCCCUUGGAGACUUUCGUUUAGCAGGCUAUUUAAAAAGUCAAGUAAACAAACAAAAGUGAUCAGAAGCGAAAACCGGAAAAUAUAACUUUGUCGCCAGAACCGCAGCAUGCUAUAAUGUUUACAAAUUACAAAGUAGAAAGCACUUGGGCACAUGUAUCUGGGGAGGGUUUUUCACAACUGAGGGGGCCACUGUGGAAAAGACCCUUUCUCUUGCAGCCAUCUGCAAUAUCCCAGUUGAUGGGGAGCACCUGGAAAAGGACUUCGGAUGAUGAUCUCAAGGCCUGGGCAGCUCAUAUUCCACAGGGGGUGGUCUGAAAACAUGGGAGGCCACCACCUAGCUGAAGCUAAGCAGGUACAGGUGUGCUCAGUUGGGUGACCGCCUGGGAAUCACAUUUGUGCUGCCUUUGAUCCCAUGACAAAAGAAAGGCAGGAUAUAAACGUAAGAAUUCAUUUCUUACAAGCUUUUCGAACUAAAAAGCUCCCAAGGGCUUUUGAAGGUCAAAACCAGCAAUCGGACUUGGAAAUGGACCCAAAGUCACAGAUGAUGAUAGAAAAUAGGCGUAACAGGCUCGUGGUGCCUGGUCCCAGUUUCCUGGCAGCUAUACUGUGCAGUUUUCAAAGGCAGUGUUGCAGAAAUCCAAAACAGAAAAUUAUAUAUGUGGAGAGAUGCGAAUGCCCUUGAAACACUGCAGAAACGGCUGGGUGUUCUUCAUAACCGCCUUUGCUCGUUCCCUUAUUCUUACUACAUGCAAAAUCUUUCAUACUCCUUCAAAAUAAAAAGCAAGUAUUUUCGAGCAGCGCUAACCCAUUCCCCCCCACCUGCUCCCAAACUCAGCUCUUUUGAAGGAGGAGACAGCCUCCUUCUGCCUGCACAAGGUCACCCCAAUGUCCCCUUGCUCUUUUGAUGCCUAAAACAUCUCCUCUUCUGGCUGCUUUCGAAUGAGACUGAACCGGACCUCAUUAUUUCUGCCUAGCUUCUCGAAAUGCUCCUGUUACUGGCACAAGCCUCCAAGGGUUGUGAGAGGCCGUUUCUGCUCCUGGGUUUGCUUCUGUUCUGUGUGUGUGUGUGUGGUCUUUGUUGUAUUAAUGGAUUCAAACUGUGAAAUGCCCGCUUUGUUCCCCUGGGCAUUGUUCUUCAGUUCUUGUCUUGACCUUUCUUCUUCUGCUGAGAGGAAACAUUAGUCUAAUUGUGAAGCUAUCUUGCUUGACUUUAAAGCACUAUCUCCUGGGAAGGUUAAUCUCUCAUUUUUGCCCCCCCCCCUUCUCUCUCCUUUCCUCCCUUUAAAGAUUCAUCUUCUAACUACAUCAGACAACUUGAAACAAAAGUCAAGCUGCUAGAGGACGACAAUAAACUUCUCUCUCAGGUAGGUGGGCUUUCGAAAGCAUGUGUCGCUACCCUGGUUCCCCCUUCCGGCAGAGCAACGGCGGGUGUGGACCAAGAGGGACCUGAAUUUUGACAGGAACGUACCUUCACUGGCUGACAGAAGAUCCGACCAGCUUCCUUGCUUCGCUAAGCAUAAACUGAAUUUUGAAACUCUGAAAUUGAAAACAGUUAAUCUAUUUUCACACCAUUAUUAUUAUUAUUAUUAUUAUUAUUAUUACUACUACUACUACUAUUACCUGGGACAGGGCCAUGCAACCCAAAGAAAUGAGGUGGGAGGGAGAAGGAGAGAGAUAAGGGAACAGCACCCCCAUCCCAGCAGCUAAAUGGGCUGGCAGCUGAAUAUUAUUUCAGUACUGGAAACGGGAUAGUGUCCUCCACCCCACUCUUGCUAAUGGAGGUCCACAGCUCCGUCAGCCAAGGUGCUGAGGAGGACAGCAGGGAGCUUUCCCUGCUGCCCCCCACCAUCCCCACAUUUUCCACUUGAGGCAGUUGCUUCACUCAGUUAGGCCUGGCUCUGCUCACUGCUGUACUAUAUUCUAGAUCAGGAGUGGGGUACCUUGGGACCUCUGAACUACAACUUCCAUCAGGCUUGUGACUGGGGAUGAUGGGAAUUGUAGUUCAGCAACAUCUGGGGGGGGCAAGGGUUCCCCACAUCUGUUCCAGUUAAGAAUGAAACUGCCGUAUUUUCCGCUCUAUAAGAUGCACCAGACCACAAGACGCACCUAGUUUUUGGAGGAGGAAAACAAGAAAAAAAAUAUUCUGAAUCUCAGAAGCCAGAACAGCAAGAGGGAUCACUGCGCAGUGAAAGCAGCAAUCCCUCUUGCUGUUCUGGCUUCUGGGAUAGCUGAGCAGCCUGCAUUCGCUCCAUAAGAUGCACACACAUUUCCCCUUACUUUUUAGGCGGGAAAAAGUGAGUCUUAUAGAGCAAAAAAGACGGUAACUUCUUGGUCCUCUGGAGUGAGUAUAUUGUAUAAGACAUUGUUUUGAAGCAAGGGUUGUGGCUGUCUCUUAAAUUUUAAAGGAUUGAACUGGCUGAGCUCUGCGUAUCUUAGGAACAUGUCUCACUAUAUAAACCUUCCCCCCCCCCUUUAAGAUCCUCCCAAGAACCCCCUGCUGCUUCAGAUGCCUCAAAGGCAAAAUAUUUGUCAUUUGCGUCACCUACAGAGGAAACCCUCCACAAUUGCUAUGAAUGUCCCCACUUUUUCCUAUUAGUUUUAAUGCUUAUUUUAAAGUUAUAAUGCUAUAUUUUAAUGUUUCACUUUAUUAGUUCUGUGCUGUAAGUAUGUCACUACGCCAGAUUGAAUGUAGCCAAUUUUUAUUUUAAUGUAAUCUGCCUCGGAGAUAACUAGGUGUAAAUGGAGGAGACAGCUAUCUGAAAUGACGAAAAGAAAUCCCCAUUGCACCACAGAGGAGUCCAAGGCUUGUUCUGGAACACUGAGUAAUGUUUUUAUGUGGCACAUCCAUGACCAAAGGGACAUGGGAAACCUCCUUAUGCUAGGUCAGAUCUUUGCUCCACAGAGCCCAAAGCUAUCUUCUUGAAGUGGCACUGAAUCACCCAAGGUUUAGGGUGCCACUUCCAGCCUUCUGAGUUCCGAUAGAAGUACAGUGGUACCUCGGGUUACAGACGCUUCAGGUUACAGACUCUGCUAACCCGGAAGUAGUACCUUGGGUUAAGAACUUUGCUUUAGGAUGAGAACAGAAAUCGCGCAGCGGCGUGGCAGCAGCAGGAGGCCCCAUUAGCUAAAGUGGUAUCUCAGGUUAAGAACGGUUUCAGGUUAAGAACAGAAUGAAGUUCUGUUCAUUCUGUUCAUUUGAGGUACCACUGUAUGUUCUAUUGCGAUUAAUGGUGCUUACUCCCCAAAUAAUCUGUGAGAGGUUGGCAUGUAAAGUUCUUGCAAUGUGCUGAAAUGCAGGGGCUGAUGGGUAGUUUUAGCCUGGAACUUUGAAAUUCCGAGUCACAUGUUCCAGUAGUAAUUAUUGUCAGAUGCUUUUAUUUUUAUUUCAAGGAAGCCAAGUUAUUAUCACUAAAAUAAAAAAAUAAAAAACAAGUAGAUGGGCUCUUUUGGCAGUGUGGCCUGUUGCCAGGCAACAAGCCAUGGAUUGGAUCGUGGUGACUGGCUCCCUGUUCAAUAUGCCCUUGGCCUGACUUCUUCCUGCUUUGUGUGUGCUGCACAAAAAAACACCAGAGGGUACUUGAUCUGUUUACCCUCCCCCCACCCUUUUUUUAACAUAUACACGAGGUCAAAAGCAGGAUCAAUAACUAAUAGUUGAAAAGUGCACGAGCAAUUAAAAAAACAAGCAAACAGCAAUUUUCCCUGUUCUUCUCCAUAGCAGGUGAUGUUCCUUCUACAAUUGGGCCUCUGAGAUUAGGGAACCGCUGAAGAAAUGUUCCAGUUGGAAUUUAGCAGAUUUGUUUGUUUAUUUGUUUAUUUUAUACCAAAUCUGGCCUUUUGUGUUAAAGCACUCUUAAAAAAACAAAGAAACCCAGAAAACAAAAAGGCUGGUUAACAAUUUCAAGCCAUAUCAGAUGGGGGGCGGGUAGGGGGAACCUUUGCUGACACAGAUUGUCACAUAGACAAUGGAGCAAAUUUGUUUUCUUCUGCCUAGCCCUAGAGCCUUGGCCAACCUGUCGCCCUCCAAUGUGGUUGGACUACAACUCCCAUCAGCCCCUGCCAGCACACUUGUUUUCAGUUAACCUAACACAAUUAAAAGGGGGGAACGCCAAUAAUAAGUAGGUAGGCUGGGACCACUCUUUAAAACAACACCUUUUAAAAGAACUAGGUUGGUCAGGCCCCAGAUUCCAUCCUUGAGAAAUCAAAGAACCCCAUCUAGAAAAGAAGGGGCUUUGUAGUUAGUCUCGUUAUCAAAAUAAUAAUUACCCCACUCCCAAAUAAUUGAAAGCAUGCAGAUCUAAAACGGAUAGCCUGACAAAUGUACAUCAACAGUACCUCUAACAGCAGGCAUGGCAGGUUCAAAGGAACCUCUGGAAUGUAUCCUUCUAUUCACACGAGACUAGCAUUCUGCCUUCUCAUGUGUUGAAAGACUGCAGAGAUGUCAGGAAGUGUGGAAGGACGAGGUGCAUUGAGAAAUCCUUUGCUAACUUAAUUUCGCUCUCUUCUCAAGGAGACAUAAUGGGAGCCUUGACGCAUCACAGAGCAUCAACUGAGCAGGUCAAGUGACUUGUUCCUGAGAGAGGCUUCUGGUAGCAAAGGGUCUUUCAGGGGGUGGGGGUUAUUUGCAACAGGAACACUUUUAAAAAAACAAAACAAAAAGCUUGCAGUAUAGUUUUCAGCCGGAAGAUUGAAUUUCCUUAGAUGAAGCAGUAUUUUGCUUCUGUGUUUAGAAGCUGGAAAGAUGCCAGGUAGCCUUCCAUAAUCACCAGCGAGUCACUAAUCUCUUAAUGCAUGGGCAUUUGUUAGGACCUCAGAUUUCAUCACUCCGGGGGCCUUGUCUACACAACUUCCUAGCAGCGAACUUACCAAAAGUCACUGAAUGUCAGCAUUCAAGGGUAAAAGUGUGCUGGGAUCAGGCUCCGGUUCAGCCGGUGAUCUUGUGAGCACCCAGCUAUUCCAGGGGAAAUUUGUCAGCUUUGAAGAAAACCAUCUAACACAGCGGUUCUCAACCUGUGGUUCCCCAGAUGUUGUUGGACUACAACUCCCACCAUCCCUGAGCUCUGGCCUUGCUAGCUAGGGGUGAUUGGAGUUGUAGUUCAACAACAUCUGGGAACCCACAGGUUGAGAAAGACUGCAUUAUAGUCUAGGGUCUGGGGAAAUAUAGGAUGGGGGACACCUGACUUACUAGCAGUACAUGUGAAAAGGUUCUAAGGGUCUUGGUGGACCACAAACCUAACAUGAGUCAACAGUAUGAUGCAGCAGGGAGAAAAAGCUAAUGCUAUUCUAGGCUGCAUCAACAGAAGUGUAGUGAGGGAAGUAAUAGUACUACUCUAUUCUGCCUUGGUCAGAACACAUCUGGAAUACUGUUUCCAAUUCUGGGCACCACAGUUUAAGAAAGAUGUUGACAAGCUGGAACGUGUGCAGAGGAGGGCAACCAAGAUUGUCAAGGGCUGGAAACCAAGCCUUAUGAGGAACAGUUGAAGGAGCUGGGUAUGUUUAGCCUGGAAAAGAGGAGACUGAGAGGGGAUAUGAUAGCCAUCUUCAAAUAUCUCAAGGGCUGUCACAUGGUGGAUGGAGCAAGCUUGUUUUCUCCUGCUCCAGAGGGUCAGACUCGAACCAGUGGCUUCAAGUUGCAAGAAAGGAGAUUCCGACUAAACAUCAGGAAAAACUUUCUGACAGUAAGAAAAGAAAAAGAAAAGCUUUUUGACAGUGAAACGGGCUCUCUCGAGAGGUUGUAGACUCUCCUUCCUUGGAGGUUUUUAAGCAGAGGUUGGUUGGCCAUCUGUGCUGGAAGUUUCAGUUGAUAUUCCUGAAUUGCAGGGGGUUGGACUAGAUGGCUCCUGGGGUCCCCUGGACUGUUUCUAUUGCACAAGAGGGGUUGGGUGGGAUAGCAAAUUCUGACCCUGAAUUCAUUCGUGCAGACUAAGUCUAAAGCAUGCUGCUUUCACAUGAUGGUGCACGACUGCUGUCCGCUCUUCAUGUAUUCCUACUGAAUAUUGCAGAAAACCCCAUUAAGCAGAGGCAGCAGCCACAGAGCAGCCUGGUUCUGUGGACUGAGCCCUUUAUCUGUGCAGCUCAGUCCUGCGCAGGAAGACAUCUAAAAAUAGUAUUGUGCUAACGCGUUUACCUCACUGGUUUGUCAUGUUCAAUUCGGGGAGAAAUCGCAGAUGAGUCACAGCAAAUUUCAUUCUUUAGAACUAUAAAAUGCACGUCGCUGUCUGUGGUUUUUCUCUUCCGUGCUCCCUGUAGUUCCCACCUUGCAGGUUGAGAAACAAGGCCAGGCUUCCCAUUCCGCUGGGGGCUUUACAUCACUACUGGCAAGGGGCAUAGCUCACUGGUAGAACACACGUGCUACAGGCUCAGGUCCCAGCAUCUCCAGGGAGGGAAGAAACCCUGUAUAAAAUCUUGGAGAGCCACUGCCAGUCAGCACAGUCGGUGCUGUAGUCUUCUGCCUCCUCACUGUAGGGCAGCAUCCUAUGUCCCAUGAUGUUCAGCGCAAGGACCAUUUCCAGCCACAGAUUUGGGGAGUGUCAUGUUUGUCAUUGUAAAAUAAAGAAGCGAACUUGUAGGACAGCAAAUUAAUAAUAAUAAAAAUAAAUUUAUUUAUACCCCGCCCUCCCCGGCCAGAGCCGGGCUCAGGGCAGCUAUCACCAAUAAAAUUACAGUAAAAACAUAAUGGGGGAGGGGACAAUUUAAAAUACAGGUUAAAAUGCAAUUUAAAAUGCAGCCUCAUUUUAAAAGUAGCCCAUAGAUCAAGACCAUAAGGGGAGGGAAACAUAAGGGUCAAACUGAGUCCAAACCAGAGUGGAACAGCUCUGUCUUGCAGGCCCUGCGGAAGGAUGUCAAGUCCCGCAGGGCCCUAGUCUCUUGUGACAGAGUGUUCCACCAAGUCGGGGCCAGUACUGAAAAGGCCCUGGCCCUAGUUGAGACCAAUCUAACCACCUUGCGACCUGGGGCCUCGAAAAUGUUGUCAUUUGUGGACCAUAAGGUCCUCCGCGGAGCAUAUCAGGAGAGGCGGUCCCGUAGGUACGUGGGUCCUAGGCCGCAUUGACAUUUAUUUAUUUUACUAUGAAAAAGGAAGAGGCAGCAUGCCUCUGAAUGCCAAAUGCUGGGAAUCACGAGUGGGGAGUUUGCUGUUGCAUUCUGGCUUGCGGGCUUCCCAUAGGCAUUGAGGUUUGCUGCUGUGGGAAGAGGACGCUGGACUAGAUGGGCCACUGGCUUGAUCCAGCAGCGAUCCUUCAGAUGUUCUUAGGAUACAUUUGAUAUUUCUCACUACAGCUCCCAGAAUGUCCUUUUCUGCACGGCACUUAGAUAUUGCUGGUGUUAAAGAGAUACAAGAAAGCGCUGUUAGAACCAUACAACCAUAGAUUUGCAGAGUUGGAAGGGACCACAACAGUUAUCAUCCAGUCCACCCACCUGCAGUGCAGGAUUAUUUUUGCUUGAAACCAUGACCCUGAGAUUAAGAGUCUCAUGGCCUGCCUGAGCCACUCUGAACAUUCAGUAAUAGUAAUGCAAAUGAAAGAUGGGACAUUUUGCAUCUUUAAAUUUUGAUACCCUCUGGUCGUGACAGAAGGCGAGUCUUUCCCAUGAUGCACCUGCCAGAACUUUGUUGGGAAACAGUAGCACCAAAGUCCUGCAAUCAUGGGGGUGAUAGACUAUGAAGAAAUGCUGGGAAUAGACCUAUUCAUAUCUAUGGAUUUAAGAUGCUUACAGCAAGUCCAUUGAUAGCAGUGGUUUUAUUCUGAGUAGGGACAACAUCAGAUGUCACACACACAUUGUUUGCUGUAAACUUGCCGAGUGUCGGAUCAAGAAACCUUAAAAAUAGAUUUCACACCUUCUUGUCACCUUAACAAAGUGAACCUGUGCAACACACACACACACCCUUCAGUAAAAAUCUCCAGAGAAGUUCCUAGGCCACGAACAUAACUAUCCUAUCCUAGGUAACAUGAUGGGAGCAACUGUGGCCUAGUGAAACAGGGGUGGGGAAUUUUCUCAGCCCAAGGUCCAAAAUCCACCCAGGACAUUCCAUUCUGAGAGGUGGGGGUCACAUGGUGGGUGGGCUAAGAGGCAGAAGUGAGUGGAGCAAUGACACUGAGUUUUCCCUUUGUACAGUUGGAUACUUUCUGCACACAUCCCUGCGUCCCUCUCUGCUCUCUAUCCACAAAAGCAAGAGAAAAAUACUACAGUUCAAGAAACCCAUUGCAGCCAAGCAAAAGUGUUCCAGGGUCCAAGGCAGGGGAGUGAUGGCUGUUGUCUGCAGAAAGUGACAAAGCUCAGAGAGAGAGAGAGAGAGAGAUGUAUGUCCUCAUUUGGCCCUGGGCUCCAGAUUCCUCACCUGUGAAGUAAAAUAAGGUCUGCUCUGCUCUUAAGGAGAGUUUGGAGCCUGGUUGUACAACCACUGUACUUAACAGUAGUGAUCACUGGGCAAUUUGUGUGGUGGGCCAUUUCCCUCUGCCAACACGUACAGAAUUGUGAUUGCGUCCUGCCCUUUUUGCAUAAGGUUUCAAGCUUCUCUAAGCUCAAAAUCAAGACUUGAAGGAAGGCGUGUACCGUAUUUUUCACUCUAUAAGACGCACCCGACCAUAAGACACAGCUAGUUUUUAGAGGAGGAAAACAAGAAACAAGAAAGCAACGCAAAGCCUCUUGAGCGAAGAGGCAGGAGCACUCCGGCUCCACUCAGGAGGCUUUGCGGGGCUAUCCCUGAAGCCAGGAGAGCAAGAGGGAUCGGUGUGCACCGAUCCCUCUUGUUCUUCUGGCUUCAGCGAUAGCUGUGCAGCCUGCAUUCGCUCCAUAAGACACACAUGCAUUUCCCCUUACUUUUUAGGAGGGGAAAAGUGCGUCUUAUAGAGCGAAAAAUACGGUAAUUCUUGCUUGUUUCUUCUGAAACAAGUGCAUACGUUUUCAGCCCCUCAGUUUCAGUUUCAUGCGCUCGACUUUGCUCCCAUGCUCAAUAAGGGGAUCGGCUGUCAAAAUAUCAGUGCGUGCUUCUAGCCUCUGUUCAGAACCAGCAUGCCCAGAGGAUUUUCCAGGUCAGAGAUUGCCUCCACGUUCAUUGGUUGUCUCUGACCCGGAAAAAAAGCCCAGAUUUCAGUGGGGCUCACAUUUCAAUGGCAAGCCAGCAAGAUGGGAAAUGGGAAGAAAGUUUGUCACCCAGAUGAUGAAAGGGUUUCCAUCAAAGCUUCGAGUGCCAUGUCCUGCAGUGCUUUUAACAGAUCUGAGAGCUAGGACUUGGUGGGAUUCGCAUUUUUGCAUUUAGUGGAUUCAAGUUGCAUGACUCUUCUUUUUUCUUUUUUGCCUCUGGCUUAGUGCGCUGAACUUGCCACCUGCCACCUCUUGCUCUCCUGAUCAACCCUCUGUGUGAGGCUUGACUCAUUAGCAGGUUGUGUGUCAUGCAAGUAACUUCCACCGUGGGAAAAAACUUCCUGCCGUGUCAGUCCAACACUCUAAAAUGAGACAUAGAGUCCAGUAGCAGCUUAGAAGCUAAGAAGCAUUGCAUUAGUCUGCAGAGGCUUCAUCAGAUGCAUGAAGGGAUAUUCCCAUCUUACAUCAUGAUGCAUUGGUUAAGUUUUUAAGUUGCUACAGCAAGGAUAAGGAACAAAUUAAGGCCAAAGACCUCAUUUCUUCUGGGCUAACUUGGAGGCUAGAUGUCAGCAGUGAGCGGGGUCAGCUCUCUACACGCAUUUCUGCCAGCUGGGAUGCAGGUGGCACUGUGGUCUAAACCACUGAGCCUCUUGAGCUUGCCAAUAGGUCAGCAGUUCGAAUCCACCCAACGGGGUGAGCUCAUAUUGCUCUGUCCCAGCUCCUGCCAUCCUAGCAGCUUGAAAGCACACCAAUGCAAGUAGAUAAAUAGGUACCACUAUGGCAGUAACAUAAACGGUGUUUUCAUGCACUCUGGUUUCCAUCAUGGUGUUCCGUUGCUCCAAAAGUGGUUUAGUCAACCCCAUAGUUGCCUUUAACUGGACGUAGCCUUCCAGGGGUCCUUUACCUUUACCUAUCCAUACCUAUCAGACAUAACACAUGCACCCACAUCCAUUCUCACACAUAGCAGAUAUGUAACACAUAAUUACGUACAUAUUUAUUCAUACGCACGUACACACAGACAAACACAUCCAGACUCUCGCACGCACCCCUAUGUAUAUUUACAAAACAUUUAUAUUUAUAUCCUUUAGGGACCCAGGAGGCAGCUAAUAGCAGCACCUGCUCCCUCCAAUCAUGGAUGCAAUUAAAACAAGCAAUUAAACCACAGUGUAAGCUGUGAGCGAGGAACUUCCAGCCCUGUGGACCCGACCUCUAUUAUUUGGCCCUUGGGACUCUCUCCAGGCCUUCACCAGCCCUGCUGUGCAUCCUCCUUGAGUGCUUUUGCCUGGCUGGAAUGUGGCCUUGAAGUGGGACAAAGCCCCUUGCUUGCCUGGGUGGAGGAUGGAGGAAUGUGUGCAAACCUCUGACUUUUGCAUGGCUGGAAUGUAACUUCCUAUGCGAGCAUUAGAAUCACACCCACUUCUACCUCUGGGCCAGCCCAACCCUCGCAAUACUGUGCACAAGGGGGUGUAGCCCCUAGGCUGAAAAAAAGAUUUCCCACCCUUAAAAUAAGCUGAUAAAUAAUAAAAAUGCAAGAUAUAGUAGAAACGUCCAGUCCGGCAGAACAUUGUUCAGCCUGGUCCUCAAAGUGCUUUGAAUACAGGGGUGUUUUAAUAUGCUCCCGCCUGAUAAUGAUGGAACCAGCUGAACCUCCCUGGGAAGUGACUGCUACAAACUUGCCACCACCACUGAAAAGGCCCCGUCUUAUGUCAAAGGCCCCUUAUGUUGCUAAAAUGGCAAGGGAAGGGGUUCACUUGACUGGAUCGCUCCCUUUGUGGUAGAGCCCCCUCCCACACUGGCUGGACACAACACCAUUUGGCAGCAGGGACUUGUCAUUGUCACCAGGCACAUCCUAAUCUCCUUGUUGUUGAGUGGUGUUUGUGUGAACACCCCCCCACACACACACCUUCACAUAUGAAUUGCAUAAAGAGGUUCCAUGCUAUUACAUGGGUAGCGGGCCUGCCCAUCUGGCAUGGACGUCUGCAGUGGGGAAGCCUACAAGAGAAUCCUAAUGGACAAAGGGCUCCAAUUCCCAGAGAAGUUUACAUGCAUAUAGAUCUGUAGACGUCCUAUUCUGGUCUGACAAAGGAGCCCACAGAGCAAGGCAAGCCAGGAAUUUCAGUACCACAGAGAGCUCCUGAGUGAGCAACUUGUUCCAGCAAUGGUUGAAAGCAAACCGAGCAUUCUGAAGCCUCUGCCUCCCAGACCACCUCUCCUAGGCUGUGCCCCCUUGCGGAGAGCAUAGUUUAUUAAAUAGCCAACCCUUUAGCCAGAAGACGGGCACUCCUAUGCUCUAUGGCCUCCCUACUGUUGCGCUCACUGCACAAAUACUGUGGGAGGUAUUUGGUUCCUCAGUCUCCAAUGAGUUUGGUGCUUUUGGAGGUUGUUCUAGGGACUCCUGUCUGUCAGCCUCAGGCGAAUCUCCAGUAUUAGGCUCAGGGACCUGGAUUUCAUCUGGCUCCUUAGCUGGUGACUCUGUCAUAGUAAGGUUCCCUGCUGCAGAUAUCUGCGCUCAGAAUACUACUACUACUACUACUACUAAUUUAUUUAUACCGCCCUUCCCAGUUCAGAAACUGGGCUCUGCUAACAACAAAUUUAAAACACUUAAUUGAUGCAACCAAAAACAACAUAAAAUACAGUAUAAAACGUGAAUAACAAUAAAUUCAGAAUUCAAAAAUCAAUUUAGGGGGAAAAUCCAUUCAAUAAACAUUAGAUGAUCAUCACGGCUAGCUGGCUAAAUUAGUCCUAUUUGGGCCAGCGAGGAGACCAGGGGAGAAUUAGCUGUGGGAUCCCAGAGCAGGUAAUCUUCAUAAAAAGGAGAGAGGGAGGGAAGGAAGGGGAAGAAAAGAUCAGGCUAAGUUCAAAUUGAAAGCCAGGCAGAAUAGCUCUGUCUUCCAGGCCCUGCGGAAGGAAGUUAAAUCCUGCAGGGCCCUGGUCUCAUGGGCAGAGCAUUCUACCAGGUCGGAGCCACCACUGAGAAGGCCCUGGCCCUGGUGGAGGAUAAUCUGACUUCCGGGACCGGGACCCCUAAAUUAUAAUUAUUCAUGGACCUUAAGGUAUAGGAGCAGGACUGAAGAAAGUGUGGGGCAGGUCCAGCAAUGUGGCUCUUUUUUGAUCUCAUGGAGCUCCUUGCAUGCAAUGAACAUCGAAAGGGGGCGAGUAGUCUAUGUGUUUUCAUGCACCUCGUCACAUGGGUUGCCUAUGCGCCAAUCAGCUGCUUAGCCAAUGUUUCCUGAGGCUAGGAUCACAUCUGGAUCUGCCAGGUAUAAGGAGGAGGUAAGCUCUUUCCUUCUCCCCCAACAAUAACUAGAUUAUUUCUUUUGGAGCCAUGUUAGAAGCCAUUUGUGGUUCCCACUCGUUAUGUUUGUGUCUUUCGCAUAGGCCUCUCAUUAGCGAUGAACAGUAGUGCCCCCCUCCCUCCCUCAAGGACCCUUUUCCAGUUUGUGCUUGUUAGCUUUGUAAUGUGGCAAUUAUAUCCUCAAGGAGCCGUGCACGUAUCUCCCACAAGUAACAUGAAAUUGCAAAUCUCUCCUUAUUUCCCCCAAGCCCCCUUCUGUUUGCGGGGGUGGAAAUUGUUAUUAUUUUAAUGCACAAAACCACAAGGCCAAUUUCGAGCAAAUGACUCAUAACGGGGAGGAGGGGAGGAAAAAAACAGCCCACAAUUUCCUAUGUUCAGCUUCUCCUUAGUAUGCAAUAAGGUAAAAUAUUAAAUAGGCUGUAGCCUGAACUGCUGUGUUUUAUGUUUUGGUAUGUGUGGACUCAUACUAUUGUUGUUGGGUUUUUUUAAAUUGUGUGCCCAGGCAUUCCAAAUUCUGCGACUUGAAUAGAUUAUACAAAUUGAGGAUAAUGUACAUAAUUUCUCUUACUUUGCAUGAAUUCUGCAGGGUAAAAAAAAACCCAAAAUCAAAACUCUAUUUGUUCACUGAAUGGUCCCAGGGUAGAUUACAUAAAACAUAACAAAUUAAAAUAAUAUACAGUACAUUAAAACCAUUAAAUUAAAUGAAAACCACAAAACCGAAGAAAAUUACAAGAGCAAGAACACAGCAGUAUAGAAGGAGGGGACACACUCACCCAACAGCCUGAGUACAGAGGUCCGUCUUAUCCUGACUACCCAAUAAUAGUACAAGAGGGAAGGGCACCAGGCAGCCUAGGAGCCACCACAGAGAAUGCCCUGCCAUGCAACUCCACCCCUCAAACCACACAAACACGCGGCACCACUAACAGGCCCUCUCCUGGGCAGGUUGGCUUAGUUACUUUAGUUUAACCUAACAGCCCAAGAAUAGCUUUUCUUGAUCAGGGCAUUGGCUCAGUCCAGCAUCCUGUUCUCACAGUGGCCAAACAGGAUCCCAUAAGAAGCCUGCAAGCUGGACUUGUGCAUCAGCACUCUUCCCUCUCAUGUUUCCCAGCAACUAGUAUUCAGGAACAUGCAGCUCCCGGCAGUUUAGCAAGCAACUAUGCAAGUGCUGCAACUGGGCCAUUGGCAGCCACAGUCUACUCCUAUUAUUUACAUUUACAUCCUGCCUGUCAUUUCAGUACCACAGAGAGCUCCCGAGUGAGCAACUUGUUCCAGCAAUGGUUGAAAGCAAACCAAGCAUUCUAAAGCCUCUGCCUCCCAGACCAGGGCGAUGUGCAUGGUGGUUCUCUUUGCAGUCCCCACUGUCCUCGCAACAAAUAGGUUAUGCUGAGAGAUUAGGAUUGGCCAAAGGUCACUCAGUGAGCUUUGUGGCUGUGGGGAUUCUCAAACCCUACGGCCAGCUUGCUGCCUGCACUUGAUAGGGAAUAAGGUGCUUUCCAUUUGGAAGGUGUAGUUGUGUUCCAACUGGAUCACCCAGUCCAUGAGAAUUUUCGAGGAUUUACACCAAUGGCAAAAAUACCCUUGAAGGAUUCCAUAUUACCCGUUUAGGUAACACAACAGUCUCCUGGUGUAAAUUUCUCUCUCUCUCUUAGCCUAAGAGUUAUUGUUAUGCAAAAAGCUACUCUGAGUAUAUAUAAUUGUAAACGUAAAUGCCACUUCAGUGUGUGUCUCUUACAGUCCAAACCCAAACAUAUUAUUCGACAGGACUUGCUCCCAGGUAAUUGUGUACAGCCAGGAUAGCCAACAUGCUGCUCUCCAGUUUCUUGGGCUACAACUCCCAUCAUCCUUGACCGUUGACUAUGCUGGCUGCAGCAGAUGGGAGUUGGAGUUCAACAACAUCUGGAGGACAUAACAUUGACUACUGCAACUUAAGGGCUGCAACUUAAGAUAACAGAUGAUAGAAUUGUAAAACUGGAAGGGAGCACAAGGGUCCUUUAGUAAGUGUGUGCCUGCUAACGGGGAGAAGAGAGUGGUGGGGGGGGUACAUUCGGUGUCUCUGGAAAUUUUAACAUGUCACUUGGGAAGACAGGCGAACUAAUACCAGUGUACUGGAAGAAGCAAAGAUCACCAGUGUUGAAAUAAUGGUUCUUCAACAUCAACUUCGUUGGACUGGUCAUGUUGUGCGGAUGCCUGAUGAUCGUCUUCCAAAGCAACUACUCUAUUCCAAACUUAAAAAUGGAAAGGGUAAUGCUGGUGGUCAACAAAAGAGGUUUAAAGAAUGUCUCAAGGCAAAUCUUUAAAAAUGUAGUAUAAACACCAACAAUUGGGAAACACUGGCCUGCGAGCGCUCCAAUUGGAGAACAGCCUUUACCAAAGGUGUUAUGGGCUUUGAAGACGCUCAGAACGAAAGGGAGAAACGUGCCAAGAGGAAGGCACAUUUGGCAAAUCAACUCCUGCCUGGAAACCAAUGUCCCCACUGUGGAAGGACGUGUAGAUCCAGAAUUGGCCUCCACAGUCACUUAUGGACUCAUUGUUAAAACCGCGUUUAUGGAAGACAAUCUUACUCGUCUACAAUUGAUCGCUAAAGAAGAAGAAAGAAGACAUUGACUCAACAUUUAAAAAUUGCAUCACCAAAGAUGUCAGUGUGAAUCAAAUAAAUUAGUGGGAUCUGGGCUUUACUGCAGAUGUGAGGAUUCCAGCUGGGUGAGGAGAAGAGGGGCUGUGUAUUUUUGCAAAAUUAACUCGAUAUCCUGUUUGCCGUUCAUGCUUCAGGAUGCUCACAGUGACACACCCUGCUCUCCUCUCCUCCCUUGAAAGCACAGGUUCAGUUUGCCUUGCUUUGCUGGGAAGAAGAGAAAGGCAGCCCUUUUGGAAUGUCAGUGGCUUUGUUGUAUUUCAGUUCGGUUUCUCUGCAUCUGUAGAACACAAAGCACGUGAUGCCACACGCCGCUUUUGCUCCUUGUUCCCCACAGAUGAUAAAUAUUUUCAUGAUUGUUAAUUUUACAUGCUGAAGCGAAACCCCUUAUUAAUGAUCCCCCGCUAUUUGUCAUGCGUCCCCCGCAGCUUUAUCUCUUUGCUGUCAAUUACGAAUUCCAAUUUGCACCAGUUCUCUAAAUAGUGCACUGUUGCAAUACCUCUUCCAGUUUAAUUCACAAACCCAUUUUUUCAGAGUGCAAAGCUAGGCUGUUGACUGCUGAAAUCUGCGGGACUUGAUUUAUUUUCCAUGCCAGUUUUAUACUAAUUGAGUUCUGUGUUCUUUCAGUUUCACCCUUGUGAAAAAGGCAGUGCUGCCCAUCCAUUUCUCCAGUCUCAUCUUUUCAGACCUCCUAUAUAAGACAUUCUGAGGCCUUUUAUUUCAAGGCCAUCCCCCAAUAUGCUUAUUGAACUGCAUAUCUCAUGCAUGACCACAACUUUCUUCGAUGCAGGAAGGAUUAACACAAAUGUGGAGGGGGCUUAUUUUUAGGAUGCAGUUUUUGAAUGUUUGAUAUUGCUUUGCUUUUCAUUAUAAUCUGAUAUGUAUAAUAUUCUUUUGUUCCCUCCUAGCUGGCUGGUCACAACAGUUCACCAAGAAAUUUAAUUAAGGUAGACAUAUCUUAAGACAUUUAAGCUUCCAGCUUUCUGGGAUAUGGGGAAGCCUUGGCUUACAAUGUCGGUGACGGGUCUUUGCUGCUUUCGUAUGUCUAACUUGCAAAUGUUGGCAGUUUCCAUUUUUAGUAAUCCCGAGUUUUUUAAAUGAAUGCCCAGUUGUUUGACUCAUGCUCAGCAUGGUGGGUAAAUACAUUGAUACUGAGGCCAUACUAUCAAAUCCUCUCCACUUAAUAUUGACCAAUCUGCAUAUGUCCAGUGUUAAUCAAUUAAAUACAAAGAACUGAUUUUGAGUGCCAAAAACCGAAGUACUUUAAAUAUGAGCAAAACAAUUUGGGGGGCAAGAAGCAUCUACCAAUGUGGUAAAUAAUUCACACCAGUGACGAGCACAUGGUCUCCUUUUAAUACAAGAACCUUAGUUGUUACAUUUUGUACCAAUAUUUAAUGGUUCGAAGAAAAUGCAGCCGUCAAUGUAUUUCCUCUGAGAUGUGAUCCUUCACUUGUUUAGUUUUCAUACCUGUUCGUAAUAUAUUGCAAGGACAUUGGAUGGUGUCUUCCACGCACAUGUGUGCUGCAGAUGAAUAGACCACUUAUAGAAUGUCAUUGGCAAUCCACACAAUUUGUCUUGGUCUUUCACCCAGUUCCCCUUCACAACAAUUUCAGCCUCUGUGUUUCCUUAGAAACCUGUUGAUCCUUCACAAGACCUUCCGUUGCUUUGCUUCUCAUAACCCCACCUCUCUAAAGCCCCAUUAGGUGUUAUCUGAAAGCUAACUGAACAUGAAUGUGGAGAGCACAAGAGUGGCUAGUGGGGAGAGAUGAUGGCACUCACUGGCCUCCUGGGACUGGCGUUGCUGUGGCUUACCAGGGUGGCGGUAGCAGGGAGAAGAGCGGGGUGGUAGGGAUGUCAAUACAGUGUGAAUGUACCUGCUCUCCAGAGGUGUGGACCACAAUUUGCAUUAUCCCUGACCAUGAACCAUGUUGCCUGGGGCAGAUGCAAGUUGGGAGUCCAAAACACCUGCGAGGCAUGUUGGCCACCACUACUUGUCCAUCUGGACCAGCAAACUAUGGUUUGCCCUGAAAACCAGGAUUGCGAAUCAGGGUUUGUUUGCACAAAGUAGCUAAUUAAGCAGAGCAGCUGGGGGGGUAGUGUGUAGAGGCAAAUGGAUUAUUCCCAUAAUGCCAAACCAGGGGUUCUAGUUAAUGUGUGAAGCAUCAGGUUAUGUGCAAAGUGAUCUCUGUUCUGUCAUUUGUCCACUUAUAUGCAACUUCCUUUAAAACAAAUCAUGGAAGCGGCACACAAUUAAAAGAGCAAAAUAAAACCAGCAAUCAAUAUUACGUUUAUUCAUUUACUAAUCAGAUUUCUAGACAUAUUCCAUUUAAUUAUCUCAUAUAUGAAGAAGUUGGCUUUAAAGGGGUGAAUUGUUUGUUGGAGGUGCGAAAUAAUUUGUAUAAAACUUUUUUGAGAUUUUGAAAUUCUUCUUAAGAUUUAAAAGUUGGAACUGAAAAUUCAGAAUAUUUGGAUAUGUAUAAGUCAAUGGCCUGUCUGUAUGUUUCACUCUUUCAAAUAACUAUCCUUUCAAUAUGCUUAUUUUUGAUGAGGAUGUUGGUGGUGAUGAUUCUUAAUCUUUCAAGCUUUUUGUUUUGUUUUAGCUGUUGUAAGCCCCAUACGGCUUAAUAACAUUAUUUCUUCUCUGUUAUUAUUUUCUAACUUUAUAUCCCUCCUUUCCAUGAGUCAUGUUUAAGGCAACUUAUGAUUUAAAACUGGGAUGGUCCUCCCCAUUUUGUCAGACUUUGGCUCCCAUUUUCCCUAUUUGCCACGCUGGCAUAUGGGAGGGGGCAUAGCUGCUCCACCCCUUACUCAAAAGGAAGUGGAACAACAUGUACAUUUACUGCCUGUUGUGCUGCUAUGGAAACUAUUAUUGCAGAAUUUGUGUGAAUGCUUGAAGCUCCUUUUGCUGAGUCAAACCACCAGACCAUUCAUUUCAGCAGCUCUCCAAGAUCUUAGGCAUGGGGCGAGAGCCGUGGUCAUGUUAGCAGAUAUGCUCCAGUCCUCAGGAGCGUAAUUUGGGAGGGCACAUGGGGCUGCAGAGGGGAGGAGAGGGAGGGAAAGUCUCAGCUGUGCAACUGGAUCUCCACUGUGUUUGUGGGAGUCCACAGUUGGGUAUCACCCAACAGUAUUCUUAGCUAGGGUAUCUGAGAUUCUUUCACAGGAGGUGCUGGGAACUGAACAUGAGACAUUCUGCACGCAGAGCGUAGGCUCCUCUGCUGAGUUCUGGCCUCUCGGCAGCUGCAGUGGCUGUGAAUCUCCCUUCCCUUUGCUCGCUGUCGGUCUGAAUAUAAAAUACAAUCUGCUGUCUCUUUUGGUCAGCAUCAGUCACUGAAAACCAGAUGAAGCACGAGGCUUACAGUUUGGCGUCUGAAAAUUACGACCCACUGGGAAGCCUGCAAUCUGCGAUGCUAUCGGUAGAAUUGCAUUCUGUUAUUGUGCAUCAUCCCAGUGCCUCCUUCUAAACUACCGAUUUGACUGACAGUAACUAAAAACUCCAGACAUGCACAUUAUCAUUAGGAGGAAGCUUUCUAACGGCACGCCAGUUGACAAGAUUGAUGUUCAUUCUGUUUCCCUUGCAAGUCAGACCAUCAAAUGGCAGCUUGACAGACCAAAGUAAGAGAAGGGUGGGUUUGGGGAGCGUUGUGGGGGCCCCCCACCUUUUAAAUCACCCAGGAGGGACACAACAAUAUCAAGGCGACAAAGCAGUCUCACUGAGAACAGUUGGCCAUUCCAUUUUGCAAAGACACUAAUGCAAUGACUGUUAACAAAUGAAAGUUGUUGGGUACCAUUGUGUUGAUUCCCAAGACGACAAGAUGAUAGAUAACCUUUUGUAAAAUAAGUUUUGGUUGGGCGUACAAUGUUCUUGAACUUGUCCUUCUCCAGCUUAAGAAGAGUAUUUUUUUAAAAAAGAAAAGCAGCGCCAGAACGGUUCGUUGCGAUCAAAUUAUGAGUUUUUGUUUUUUGCUUAGGCCUUCAAAUUCAAACUGUCAGAUGUCUCAGAUACUGGUUGAAACCCUUCAGGUUUUUUUAAAAUAACUUUUUUAUUCAUUUAGCUUAUUCCAUUCAUGAAUCACUUCUUGUGAAGUGAUUUAACAACUAAACAUCAGCCAUAAAGACACACACACACACACACACGCACACACACACACUCAUAUACAAUCUCAUUAACUUGUGUAUGUUUUAAAAUUAUGGUUGUGAUUUUUUUUCUCAGUUUUCUCUUUUUGUAAACUGCUUUGAGGUGUUGUUGUUUACAAUCAAGCGGUGUCUAGAUUUUAUGGGGAAAACAAACAAACCAAUUUUAAAUCCAAUACUGGUACAGAGUGGGAUAACAAACUCCACUUUAAAAGUUUGUUGGAAAAGGGAAGACUUCAGUAGGUGCUGCUGAGGUCAUAGAGAAUAUGCCUGUCUUACAUGUAUCUGGAAAAUGUCCUGAAGGGUAGGAACAGCGUGAGUCCUGAAAAGUGGUGUGUCUUCUGCAUUUGGCGGAAGCACACCUCUCUGGGAAGGGAAUUCCAGCACCUAGGAGCUGCCACAGGGAAUGCCUUCUCCUGGGCCAGCCCCCCCUCCCCAAAUCUACUGGAGGAAUUUCCAAGAAGGCGCCUGUUCGUCAGUCUUAAAACUUGAGAGAGUCUGUAGGGAAGGAGUUGGUCUUUCAGAUAUCUGGGUGAGGUGGAAGACCCCUCAAGACCAGAGGAGGGCAUUUCCAGACACAGUUGAGGCCAGACAUCUUUGCGUAUGUGUCCCUGAGCUGGGGCCUAUUGGUUUCAAGUGCAGAAGAGGACAUAGUCCUGUUGAUGAAGAUUCAGCUGCUGGUCCUUUACGUGGGCUAGAGGAUUGUGUGGGUGCCAUCUUGCUUUUGUCUUGGCCCAGCUCUUUUUAAGCAUUGCUGGUGACAGUGCCUAGAUUUUUACAUCGCUCAUUAAAGUACUUAAUAUGGGAAGGGAUUAGGGAGCAUCAGUACUGGGUGACCCCACACCUUUAAAUAAUUGUUUGCAACACUGGAUUUAAGAGUAAUCUCUGCUAAUGAAAAGUAGGAAGGACAAUAACAGUAGCUCUUCUUUAUUUGUGAACAAACUGUCGAAGCGCACGCAAUGAUUUUCUCUUUUUUAUUCCUUAAAAAAGGGGUUUAAGUGGAAUUACGCUGUCUUCUCUUGACGUGUUAUUCGUCCUAGUCCCGUUAAUGAGCAAUUUGGGUUUUUCUUUUCCUCUGUAAUCUUUUUAAACUUGGUAACGAAGCCUGCCUCAAUGGGUAAGUGUUUAUAAGCAUCCGAGGAGCACGCAAGGAGGAUUUUACAGGGGUAAUUAAAAUGCUUUAUCCCUCUUAUGGCUGUUGUAAUAUCUUAUUAGAUUUGGUUGAAAAGUGAAACAUAUUGUUCAUGAAAUGUGCACAGUGGCGGUAUUAAUGAUGUGACCCCGUGGGGUUGCAAAGACCUGAUUUAGCUGGUCUCAAAUUGCAUUUGCAGUUUCAGAAACGAACCAAACCAGCCGAGCUGUUUAGAAUUAUCGCUAAUGGGGCUAUAUUGCAAUGAAGAAAAAUGAUUUUUUUCCCAGAACAAAAAGAGACAUUUGCAAGUAAACUUUGAGAGCUGGAGCAUGGCAUUCAGUGAGGACAUAGGGAGCCACCUUACACCAAGUCAGACUAUUGGUCCUUGUGGGUCAGUGUUGUCAACACUGACUGGCAGUGAGACCCCAGCAUUUUAGACAAGGGAGGUUUUUCUGUUGCCACCUGGAGAUGCUAAGAAUUGAACUUGGGACAUUUUGCACACAAAGCGGAUUCUCUACUGGUGAGCUACAGUGCUUUCCCCACAGCUGUAUCCCUCAAGGGUAGUUGUGAUGCUCUACCCCAUGGAAUGCAAUGAGCCUUUUUAGCCCAUGGGAGCUCUUGUGGCUAUAACUAGGAUGGGUGUCAGGAAUGAGCCAGCUCCGAGCGAAGGUUUGCAGCCAACUUCAGAAAGCAGUCAGGAACAGAGAGGCUUAGAUGUUAGUCAGGCAGGGGAGAGCCAGCAGAUGCAGACUUCGGUUCUUCCUGACCUUGACGGAGAAGCUGAUAAGGCAGUAGCUGAGAGCAGGCUAGAACACAGCCAAAGCUUGCAGGAAGCACAAAUAGGCGUGAAUAGACUUAAAGACUGUUAAUGCUUUGAUUAGCCAUAGUACUUUAAUAAUAAUAAAACCCCUCCCUUUUUAUAUCCGUGAGCAGUAUGUGAGGUUUUGAGUGUCCUUCUCAUUCUAUUUAAUACCUUUAUUUUCACAUCUUGCCAAGAUGGAUGGGACCAUUGGUAAAGUGGCAGUCAGCUGUAUGCUGACAUUGUACUAUCAGUUUAGGUAUCUUAUCUAUCCUCCCUGGAUAGUGAACUCAUUUUCGGAGUGCCCAUCUUUGUAUAGCUGAGAAUCGCAAACUGGGGGAGAGCAUUGUUGCACACUGGUCGUGUUUGCUGGCUUCCUAUAGGCACCUGGUUGUGAGAAAAGGGAUGGUGGUCUAUAUUGGCCUUUGGCCUGAUUCAACGGGGCUCUUCUUAGAAUCAGAUGUAGCCAAAAUGGUCCCAUCAGUGCACAACAGGAGGCAACAACAGGUUUAGUAUGUAGAAGAACAAACAAGCAACCCUUUAGGGAGAAAAUCCUAAGCAGGCAACAGCAAUAACCACCCACAUUCCCAAACCCAAAACAUCCCUAGGAACUGAGAAUGCUCAGUGAGUACACAAUGUUGAGUGUCUACUGGAGAAAACUCUCUGAGAAAGUCGAGUGGGGAUGGAAUGGAGCAUCUUUUAAUAGGGAAUUACUGCCUGCCUGCUUGGAGCCCUGAACAGGAGUACUCCAUACUGCACAGGACCCUACUUUAAAUUUGUUUGCAGUGCUACAGAUUCUGUGGGUGGAACCAGGCAGAGGGCCUUCUCUGUAGUGGCGCCCACCCUGUGGAACACCCUCCUAUCAAAUGUCAAGGAAAUAAACAACUAUCUGACUUUCAGAAGACAUGUGAAGGCAGCCCUGUUUAGGGACGUUUUUAAUGUUUGAUGUUUUAUCAUGUUUUUAAUAUUCUGUUGGGAGCCGCCCAGAGUGGCUGGGGAGGUCUGGCCAGAUGGGCAGGGUAUAAGUAAUAAAUAAUAAUAAUCCUCUUGCUAUACAUCUCUACCUAGUUUGUAUUACAGUGGUACCUCGGGUUACAUACGCUUCAGGUUACAGACUCCGUUAACCCAGAAAUAAUUACCUCAGGUUAAGAACUUUGCUUCAGGAUGAGAACAGAAAUCGUGCUCCGGCAGCAGAGGGAGGCCCCAUUAGCUAAAGUGGUUAAGAACAGUUUCGGGUUAAGAACAGACCUCCGGAACGAAUUAAGUACGUAACCAGAGGUACCACUGUAAAAUCCUACCUGCUGCCCAGUGGAAUGGACAGGUAUUCAAGCUCCCCAAAACUGAGAAGGCUCAUCCUGGGGUCAGUUGUGCAUCUCUCUUUGCCUCUCUGACAAAAAUGUGUUAGUCACAUGUGUACCCCAGCUUUCCCUUCAAGGAGUUGAGGACAAUGUGCGUGACAUUAUUCAAUUUCCCCGCUGCCAAGUCCCUGUAAGGUGUGCUUAGAUGAGAGACUGGAACAGUGACCAGAAGGGAGACAGCGAAGGAACCAUAGGAAAUGUAGGUUUGCAAUGAAAUUUGAACCCAAGAUACACCAGGAUGAGAGAGUUCGGAGUUAUCUUGGGCUUUCCCAGCUGAGCCGGAGCUCAUCCAGGCCUACACUGGUGUAAGCGGGGCUCUGCCAGCUCACGUGUGGCCCAGCCAGUGGAACUUAAGCAAAUGUAAGUUCCUCAAAAGGGGUGAGAUAGGGCUGGAACAGUGUAAGGAGAGACUUGUACCUCUUGGUACAAGAGGUCAGCUGUUUUUGUAAUGUGGUUUUUGGGAUUUGGGAUUCUGUUGCUUUACUUCUGUGAAGUGUUGCUUUACUUCUGCCUUGAAACCAAAUGGGGCGAUCAAUUGAGGAACGCAACUCCCCACUGUGCUGUUUAGCUUCGUUACCGCCGUGCCUGACAGCAGAUAUGCAAGGGCCUAUGCAAUCUCUCACACAGCUCAAAUGAUUGUGUACCAUUUCCUGACACUUCAAAAUCAUUAUGAGCCUCUUGCCUCAGAUGGCUGGACUCUGAAGUGCAUUUUUGGAAGGGGAAAAUGCAGACUGGGGUCAGGACAAGAAAGAGAGCCUUCCGCUUGCAUGUUGCAAACUCAUGACACGAUGGAUUCAUUAGUUGGUUCCCCCAUGACAAAUUUUACAUAUGGGAUCCUCCGUACGCGUUAAUCCGUGGGUUCUAAUGGCCUCCGACAUACUGCUGGCUCUUAAGAUCUUGGCAUAUCAGUGGGAAGAAAACUACUUGACGUAGAAGAUGUUGGUUGCAGUCAAACCCUCAAAGCACCUGGAUUCUUAUUGGAUGCACAGCUAAGCUUGUUUUUGUGGCCUUCCAUCAAAUUUUGUUGCUGCAAUGGCCCCUCCUCCUUCCAGUUCUUUCGAACUGGAAAAAUAUCAUUGCAGCACCAGAUGCAACUCAAAAGCUUUAAUGGAGCAUAAAGAAACUGGAAAGGUCAUGUUUUUGUAGCCUCAGAACGGAGAACAAUCCACUAUUGGAUGGCCUUUGAAAACCGAAAAAGUUAAUGCACACAGUUCAUGCUAAUAAAAUUGCAUUGUUUCCAUCCAAGAGUGUAUAUUUGAUGAAUCUGAAGCAUUUCUAUUUUGUUGAUUGUCGGGUUUCCAACAUUCUGACACUUAAUGGCAUAUAGAUUUAUAUACAUGCAUGCACACAAACAUACAGGGACUGAGGGCUGGAACCUUACCUGGUAGCAGGGACAAGAGGGAAAUAUGCCGUGGUUACAUGAUAAUUUUAUCCUUUUGACUCUAUUCUGUUUGUUCUCUUUCCCUCUUUUCUCUUUCUCUUGUUUUCUCUGGCUUUCCAAUACUCUUUUGCAUUGGAAGCAUUUUUUCAAAGCUUUGGGGUGGGUAGGUGCGGGGGAUAAAGAAGUCCUCUACCUUGGACUGAGGAGGACGCAAACAGGAAGGGGACACUCCGAAGAGGGGAGCCCCUGUUGUAUGAAAGGCAGGGUUGAAAGGGUCUCCCAGGGUGAGAGACUGGGAGAGGAAGUAGGCUCCCAGGGUGAGUCUACCUCUCUGUAUGUCAAUAAAUGACAGGAUAGAUUUGAUAUAAAUAUGGUAAAGGGCCUCACAGGUAUUUUUUUUCUCUUUUCCCCCAUUUAUUUUUUUAAAAAAAUAUUCUUGCUCUGUAGACUAGUUUGAUUCUUGUAUUUUAUCUCAAAAAAAUGACAAUUUUUAAAAAAUAAAGCAUACAAAUAGGCAGUUGAAUGCAGCCAAAAGUUGCUCAAAGAAAGUGAAAGUAUAAAUACAGGACAUUUGUUCCUUAAAAAAUGGUUUUUAUCAGCCUUUUCAAAGUAAGUUAUCUAACCCAAGAAAAUGAGUUGGGGGGGGUGUACCAUACAUUAUCAGCUUCCAAGGAUCCUUCUUGUUGGGUAGGGACACAGUGCCUGUGUUCAAACAUAGCAGCAAGCCAUGGUUUGUUCUAACCAUGGCUUGUUCAACAAACCACAGACAUCUCGCAGAUCAGCAAACAGCCCACUGCUUGUUGGGAAUGCACACUUUCCCACUUCCUUCGUAGCCUCAAGCACAAGUUAGAUUUGUGCUGAUGCUAAGUGGGGUUUCCAUCUUUUCCCGUAAAUAAAUGUUUAUUUAUUAUAUGCAAAUGCCAGUCUUUCAGGUUUGCAGCUGCUUAGCUUCAACCCUGCUGCAGCAACACAUUUUCCAAAAUGAUUCACUAGACUGCAGGGCUGCCAUCUUGACCAAAUUUAGAAGUAACCUGGGUUUGUAAACUUUGGCUAAUGGAGAAUCUGGUUACAUAAUGCUCUGGCCGGAGAGGGUGGGGUACAAUAAAUUAUUAUUAUUAUUAUUAUCAUCAUCAUCAUCAUCAUCAUCAUCUUCAUCAUUAUUAUUCAAUGGUUAAGGCCCACAGUGGAGAGUAGAGGGGAGGAUUGGGAGAGAGGGCACGUUCCCAGAGUUUGUUCCUUAUUUGCAAACCAUGGCUUGUAGGGAACCAACAAUUUACCAAAUCUGUUUGUCUGAUAUGUAGCAUAUUCAUUUAGUCUCUCUCAUAUAUGUGUGUAUGUGUGUGUGUGUGUGUGUGUGUCAUUCCCUUACCCCCAAAAAACCCCCAUCUCACCAGUGAAAUUGCAUGAGAUUCAGUGAAUGGUGAGUCAAUAUUUAAAAAGCACUUACUUUUAAUUGAGUGAUAUUCAUAAAACAAGGAUACAAAUGCAGGCUUUCAGAAACAUAGUCCUCACAACUGAAUUCCCCCAAUUGUUUAUUGUUUUAUUAAAGAGGAUGCCAUAAAGACACACUUACUUUUAUAUACCAUAUUUUUCGCUCUAUAGGACACACCCGACCAUAGGACGCACCUAGUAUUAGAGGGGGAGAACAAGAAAGAAAAAUUCUCUCCCUCUCUGCGCAGCGCCCCUUCAGCAAAGCGGCAGGAGAAACGGAGCCCCUUCCAUUUCUCCUCCCGCUUCGCUGAAGGGGCGCUGCACAGAGAGGGAAAGCUGUGCAGCGCCUCUCCAGCAAAUCGAAGCCAGGAGAGCAAGAGGGAUCGGUGCGCACCGAUCCCUCUUGCUCUCCUGGCUUCAGGUGGCUAUCCCUGAAGCCAGGAGAGUCUUGCUCUCCUGGCUUCAGUAAAAGCAACGUGAAGCCUCCGGAGCGCGGCAGGAGCACUCCCACUGUGCUUCGGAGGCUUCGCAUUGCUUUCGCUGAAGCCAUGGAGCCUGCAUUCACUCCAUAAGACACAUUUCCCCUUAAUUUUUGGAGGGGGGAAAUUGCGUUUUGUAGAGCGAAAAAUACAGCACUUUAUAUCAUUCCCAAAUCAUAACAUAGGAACUUCACGGAGCUAUAGUUCCCAGAGUGGUUUAACAUUGAACCCCUCUUCACAGGGAACUUGGGGAAUGGUAGCUCUGUGAGGGGAAUAGGGGCCUCCUGACAACUCUCAGCACCGUCAACAAGCUAUAGCUCCCUCUGAGGGAAGCAAUGACAGUUCAAGGUGGCAUCAUCAUGUUUUAAAUGGCAUGGUAUGAAUGUGGCCUCAGGCCUGCUCAGGCCCAUCCCCACAUCACCCUCAGUUCGGCCCAUUUGAGGGUUUUCCUUCGUCCCUGCUUUUGCAGCUAGGAAGCUAGCUGAACUGGGACGGGGAGGUAAUCCAGCCUCUACCCCAAACCGGCAGUUUGGAUCCAAGCAAUAUUCCAUUUCAUUUCCAACAGCAUGCCUUUAAACUAGAUUUUUCUUGUCGUGUGGUGCCUACAGUUGAGCCAGAUGAACUGGAGAGGCGAGGGUAGGAACCAAAUAAGGAAUCGAAAGUAGAAUAAAGUCUCGUUGUCUUACUUUGAAUUAAAUAGAAAUCCUUCUAUUUAUUUCUCUCUCUCUCUUUUGCAGCAAUCAAGCUCUGGGGAUCUGAGGACUCUGAGGAAAGGGUUAUCCCCGUACCAUUCCGAGUCGCAGCUGUCGUCACUGCCGCAGUAUCAGGACGCCGUGCAGAAUGUAAGAUGCACGCACCGCUAUCUACCUGGUGUAAUUACGCUGAUGGCAAUCGUAAAUUAGGGGAGAGAGGGAGACGGGAGCCUGACCCAUGAAUGCAAACAUCUGGCAGGCUGGCUGAAUUGAUUCCAGCAUUCUGCAAACACUGGAAAGCAGGGAUCAAAACCAAGUGUUUGAUUCUGGCAUGUGUACACUCUGUGUCCUCUUGUUCUGUUUUCAUGGGAGUCGUGAGAAACCAGUGCUGGCUGUGAAUAAGAACAUAAGACAAGCCCUGCUGGAUCAGGCCAGUGGCCCACCUUGGCCAUCAUCCUGUCAUCACCAAAUGCUUGUGGGAAAAACUGCAAGCAGGAUGGGAGCUCAAGAUCACUUCACUCACUUGCCAUACUGCCUCUGACACUCACAUGAUAGAAACGUUUAAAAUUAUGCAAUUGUGGAUAGAGAAAAGUUUUUUUUCUCCCUCAUAACACUAGAACUCACAAACAUCCAACGAGGCUGAUAGCUGAGGCUCUUAACGAUUUUUCUGCCUCUUGUAGCAAUUGUAAUGCGCCAUGCUGGGUGCCACACGGUCUUUAAUUGCAUUUCUAACCGCUUCUCUUAUUCCUUAUAUAUUGUAUUUUAUUGCAUUGCGUGGAAUUCAGAUUGUAAUACGAUAGAAAGCAAUGUAAGGAAUAAAAGAAGCCAUAAAAAUACAAUUAAAAAUUGGUAUGAAUAUUUAAUGCCGGCGCCUGUCUUCUCAACUGCAGAUCCACAGGCACGCUGCAGACUGCUAAAAUGGAGCUCACACACUGCGGUUUGGGAACCCCGGGCUGUAAAUCAGCUUAAUAAUAGCUAGGUAAAUAAAUCAGUCACAAAAAUCAGCAGCGCUACCCUGAGGAGCUGUAAUUAAUUUAAGAGAAACAAGUGUCAUUACGGCACACAGUGCAUUAAGUGUAACGUGUAGUUUGACCCUCAGCUGACAACCAGUGACACCUGGUGUGUUUGUCUGUGCACGCACAUGUAUUUCAUGCGUAAGAUAAAAAAGGCUGACCCUGUGUAAAAGAAAAUACCCUUUCCCGUAAUUUAAGUAACUUUUGCUUGCGCCCUCGGUUCUUUUUGUUCGGACUGGCAAUGCAUGGUCAAUAAGCUCAUGUGACUCAAGAUUUUGCAGGCGGUCAGAAUAGGUGACCCAUUUGUAUGAUUCCAUGACUUCCUUUACUUCCUCCCAGAGAACCCUUUUCCAGAGCAAACCAUUUUCGUUGUUCUUUCCUGGACACCUCCCUUUUAUUUGCCAUGACUCCCAAGAACUACUGGACACAAUGUAAUGGAUGGCCUACAUGAAAGCGCUUCAAAAUGUUCCUCUCCCAAAUAUUUACCAAGGACUUUUGGACCGUUUCCACAGAGUUGCUGGUAAAUGGGUGGAUAAGAAGUGCUAACUGUGAAACUUCCCAGGGGCUUCCCGUCAACAGAGCGGUUUCACGUGAUCUAAGAAAUGAUAAAAAGGCAAGAACACGAGCGCUGCUUAUCUGUCAUGGCUGGAACGUUUUGAAACUUAAGAAGUUUUGCAACUUAAGACCUUUUCAGUUUUAAGGAGUAAACUGGGGCUGAUGGGAUGGGAGUCCAAAAUGCCUGGAGGUCACCAGAUCAGGGAAGGCUGAUCUAGCCAAUCAGAAUGCCAGGUUGCAGGUGACUUAGAGAUUUGGCUUAUACAUGAUGUGGCCGUUACAGGGAAGAAGUAUCUUGUUCUGAAUCUCAAACUCCUCAGACAUGCGUGAACUGUGCUUAGUCUGUAAGUCCAGUUCCCUGAGCUUUCCCUUUCCUUCCCUCCCUCCCUUCCUAUCCUGAAUGUUGUGUUGAGUUUUCGUAACAGGUAAGAUAGAAAGCGAUUAACAUAACCCUCCCCUCUCCAUACAAAUAACAAAAAUAGCUAUAAUUACAAUUGCCCUCUCUGCUUGCUCAUUUUUACCUUGGCUCACGUAAUGCUUUAAAAGCAUAUAGCCAUAAAGUAGAGGCUGGACUCCAAGAGCUGUGAUUCUGUUAAUGGGAGAUAGAAUCAUAGAAUUGUAGGGUUGGAAGAGACCCCAAGGGUCAUCUAGUCCAACCCACUGCAAUGCAGGAAUCUCAGGCAUCCAUGACAGAUGCCCAUCCAACCUCUGCUUAAAAACCUCCGAGGAAGGAGAGUCCACCACUACCCGAGAGAGAUUGUUCCACUGUUGAACAGCUCUUACUGUCAGAAAGUUUUUCCUGAUGUUUGGUUGGAAUCUCCUUUCUUGUAACUUGAACCCAUUGGUUCGUGGAGCAGGAGAAAACAAGCUUGCUCCAUCCACCAUGUGACAGCCCUUGGAAUAUCUGAAGAUGGCUAUCAUAUCUCCUCUCAGUCUCCUCUUUUCCAGGCUAAACAUACCCAGCUCCUUCAACCGUUUCUCAUAAGUCUUGGUUUCCAGACCCUUUAUCAUCUUGGUCGCCCUCCUCUGCACAUGUUCCAGCUUGUCAAUAUUCUUCUUAAAUUGUCGCAGCUCUACUUUGCUGGGCAAGCCACUUCUGGCAUGGUGCCACCAAACUGUUCUGAUAGUUAACCCAAAAGGGCAGCUGUAUAGAAAGCCAAAGAUCCCCUAUUUUCAUACUGGUAGAUCCUGAUAUUUGAUCAGCAUUCAAAUAUGCAUACCAAGCACUGUUUAAAAUGGCACAAGCCAAAUAAAUCUUUACCACAUGAUUCUGAUGGUUGUGCAACUGGGCCCUGAGCAUGGUUAAUAUCUACCCCAGCAUUCUUCCUACUGAGGAAAUGCUUGUUCCACUUGGCAAAGUGCUCUUCUCUGUUUGGAAGCUUGAUGUCUUGAUAUUUGUUGGAAGCACAACAGCAAGAUCUCUUACCGUGCAACUUAAGGGUUAAUUCUGCUAGUGUUAAAGUCAACUAGCCAAGGAGGGUGGGUGGGUGGUGCUUAACAAACAGGCAGAGUGGCAGCAUGCUCAUUGAGCCAACACAAGCUCUGAUUGGCUCUGCAGUGCUGAGGGAGAUUUUCCUCUGUAUGGUUGAUUGAAUUUCUUCCAGCUGUUUACAAAUUUGAACUAAGAAAAGGGGGGGGGGAAUUCUCUGUUGCUUUCUCUUCAAAGAAUACUCUGCUUUAGUUCUGUUAGUUCCGUUAAAGUGUUAUCAGGUUCCUUUUUUCUCUCUACUCCCAUCUGCAUUAUUCAAGUGUCUUUGCUAACAAUAUUAGCCCAUAGCUCCAGCCUUACUCCUUAACAAGAUAAAACCAUAUGACACUUCCUCACUCGAGUAUAUCUGAAGUUGCCUUUCAAUGACAGGCGAUAUAUAAGAAGAAAAUAGGUAACCUAAUAAAAUAGUUGAGAUCAGCCUCGACUCACAGUCUUGCAAGAGCUCAUAUCUCCUUUGUAGUCUUAGGAAGCUAGCAUGAUAUAUAGGCCUCUGCUGGUGCACGUAAUAAAGUCAUUUUAAGGAAGCCAUUCUCCAAAUCAUAAGAGAUAAUGAAACUCCUGGAGAGGGGAAAUGAUCAGUCUUUAAAAGGCUAUGGGAGGGGACCAUUUUUCUUGCAGAACUGAAAAACCAAAUUGAAAGCAUUACCAUACAAAUGAGCCUCUCACACCAUCAGGAAAGUAGCGGGUGGGUGUCCAAUCCUUGCAAACAGAAUGCUGUAGGACACACAACUACUCAUUACGCUGUGGAUUGGCUCACAAGCCUCUUAUUUCUUUUUCUUUCUUUUUUUGUAAGGGGAUAUGUUGGAUCAAAAACUACUUCUGCAAAUAAGUAAAUAAACAAUGGAACUUCCUUCUUUGAAUUCUCUUGUUGCCAGGUCUCAGCAGUUCCAUCCCAAUAAAUAAUCAGGCAUAAACAAAUGGCCACUCAAUUGCUAAGUAAUCAUCCUGCUCUUUCUUCACUCUGUCAUAUAGCAAGGGUGCGCAGAUUUCAAGCUCGGAAGCUGCCAACCAGAGCUGGGUCCAAAAGACAUUCACUAAGAAUUAAAAGCGUUCUGAGCCUGGUUCCAGAACUGAAAGUGACCUUACAGUCCUGUAGGGCUGAGAAAAGUCCCCCAUCCUCUGCCUUAGAUGUUGCUCAGCAGAUGUGCCCAUGUGGAAUAUGCUCCCCUUAGGACGGCCUUAGAAGCCAGUGUGGUGUAGUGGUUAAGAGCGGUAGUCUCGUAAUCUGGGGAACCGGGUUCGCGUCUCCGCUCCUCCACAUGCAGCUGCUGGGUGACCUUGGGCCAGUCACACUUCUCUGAAGUCUCUCAGCCCCACUCACCUCACAGAGUGUUUGUUGUGGGGGAGGAAGGGAAAGGAGAAUGUUAGCCACUUUGAGACUCCUGAAGGGGAGUGAAAGGCGGGAUAUCAAAUCCAAACUCUUACUCUCUUACUCUUAUGCGGAAUGCAACUUGGACAGCCUUAAGGCACCUGCGAGGUAGCUCAGUCAGUAAAGCGUGAGAUUCUUAUUCUCAGGGUUGUAGGUUCGAGCCUCAUGUCGGGCAAAAGUUUCCUGCAUUGCAGGGGGUUGGACUAGAUAACCCCCCUGGUCCCUUCCAACUCUACAAUUCUGUGAUUUUAUAAGGCUGCCUUUCUGUGGAAUUCAACUUGGAAAGACAGUUGCUUUGGGCACUUGGUGCUGAAUUGCUCCUGAGGAGAAGGAGCAGCCCUACUGGUGAAAGAGAUCAAAAUGUCCGCUAUUCAAUUUAGCUAUUUAAUUUACUGUCGCUGCAAGAAGAAAGAGAGACGACAAGGCCUCUCCCCCCACACCCCGGAACCCAAAUAUCUUGGGCUGUCCCCGCACAAAAUAUUAUUUACUCGGAUCCACGGGUAACUCUGGGCCAAUUUUCUAUGGUAGUUUUCCCCAAAGAUUUUAUGUGUUUACGCGUUUAGCACAUUUUAAAAUAAUAAUAAUAUUAAAUAAUACAUUUUUAUUUAUACCCCUCCCUCCCCGGCCAGAGCUGGGCUCAGGGCAGCUAACAUCAGUAAAAUUACAAUAAAAACAUAAUGGGGGGGGGGGGGAGAAAAGAAAUAAAACCAAUUUAAAAGAUGGGUUAAAAUACAAUUUAAAAUGCAGCCUCAUUUAACAUGUAAGCCAUUGUUUUAAAUGUUUGCUUUGCUUUUGGGAGUGCAGCCCCAUGAUGUGUUUUACAAGCUGGUCUCCGACCGUAAUAAUAAAUUAUUAUUAUAAAAUAUUAUUUACUUUUGCAUUUGUCUAUACUGCCUGUUGGAGCAUUCUAUGUUUUGGCAUACCUGUGCUCACUUUCCCCAACUCGCUUGGCUUUGAGGGGACCUUUGAAUUGGAUAAUUUAGCUCACAGAGCUCAGCGGUGCCCAGUGGCAGCAGGUGACUAAUGAAUGGCAGUACAACUUUGCAAGAAAAGGGAGGAGACAAUGGCUAAAGAGCAGAGCCGAAGAGGAGGCCAACCGCGCCAUGAGGCUGCCGAACAAAGGAUGAAAUCUGAGGCAGCCCUUUUAACACAUGGACAAUACAAGAAGGGGAAAUGGAUUUGUGGGUAGAGACAGGAGGAUGCUUCUUCUACGCUUCUGAUUGGGUAUUAAAAAAAGCAACGGAGCAGAAACAUUGUGGGCUGCUGAAGAAAGCUAAACCUUAUCCUUUGGCUAUUGUGCAAUAUUCAAAGAGGCAAGGGAAUCGUGAACAGUGGAGGUUGUCAUAAGACGAUCCUAAGAACCUGCUGCAUCAGGAUAGUGGCCCAUCUAGUCAGUGGCGUAGCGUGGGUUGUCAGCACCCGGGGCAAGGCAAGUAAUUUGCGCCCCCUAACCCGUGGAUUUUAGCAGGGGGCAGAGAGCUGCGAGUGCGAGCGUGCCCCCCCCCGAUGUUGUGCCCGGUGUGGCCGGCCCCCCUGCACCCCCCACGCUACGCCACUGCAUCUAGUCCGCACCCUAUUCUCACUGUGGUCAGCUCUGGGCCAUAGAAGCAUAAAAUUGUAGAGUUCAAAGGGACCCCGAGGGCUGGAUGCUUGUGAGACCACAAGAGCCUUCUCCUCUCCUGCAACUUCCAGCAACUGGUAUUCAGAGCAGUAUUAGAAACAGUGGUACCUUGGUUUUCGAACGUAAUCUGUUCCGACGCACGCAUUUCCGGAAGUAUUUACGUCUGGAAAACUCAAUACGGAAGCUGCGUGGCGUGUUUGGCUUCCAAAAAGUGUUCAAAAACCAAAGCAGUUACUUUCGGGUUUUCAGCAAUCGAAAGCCAAAACGUUUGACUUCUGAGACAUUCAAAAACUGAGGUACCACUGUAUAUAAACUGAUCACCAAAUGGCACCUUGAACCUAGGUUCGGUCGCCACAACAAUAUGUCUAGCCCCCCCCAACUUUAUUAUUAUUGUUGUUGUUGUUGUUGUUACUAUUAUCAUUUCAUUUCUAUACCGCUUUAUAUUUUAAAGAAAAAGAAUCUCAAACACAUUAAAAUAUCCAAUAAAACAACCCGGAAUAAAACCGAUUUGAGCUUCAAGGAGAAUAUUUCAGAGCUUUUUCUAAGUGACAUUUUGCUUUGCUUUGCCCAUAUAUAUUUACCUACUUGAUUUUUAUAGCUGCUGCACAGCAGAAGUACUCUAGGAAGCCAGUGUGGUGUAGUGGUUAGAGUGUUGGACCAGGACCUGAGAGAUCAGGGUUCAAAUCCUCACUCAGUCGUGAAGUUCACUGCGUGACCUUGGAGUCAGUCGCAGCCUCCUAACCUUCCUCACAGCGUUGUUGUGGGGAUUAACUGAGAGGAGCUGGGUAAACCAUUUACUUCUUGGAGUAAAUGUAAUAAAUAAGCUCUUCUGCUCGUCUUCUUGAGAAAGCUGGAGGGGCCAGCCAGAUGGAGAUGUCAGUCGCCAACCUAGCAUCUAGAGAUCUCCAUGUGGUUGCAAUUGGACCCGUGCCAGUCACAAAAUGCUCCUGGAAACUUUCGAUUCAGAGGUAUACUGUCUCAGACAGCGGAGGUAAUAACCAGGACAGCCCUCCUGGUUAAAAAACAACAACUGUGUGUGUUAGAUCACAUGUGGAGGAAAUUUCCCUCUACAAUUAAAUUAAGACAGUGAGUCUUCACAACUGAGAAGUAAGACCUCUGUGUCCACUAGCUGGUGGUAAGCCCAGAACAACUCUUUCAAAAUUAACAUCUGGGACCAUCGCAUGUGCUUAUAUGUAGCAAGUCCUCUGCAUAUGUGCUUAUUUCUGAAUGUCCUUCUGGAAAACAUCCAUAAGGCCACAGAGCAAUAAAGAGUAUGCAUGCAUAUGCAUGUCUCUGUCUGCAUGGGUUCAGUGAGAAUAUGGACAUUGGAAGCUGCCUUCUGCUGAGUCCAUCUAACUCAGCAUUGUCUACACUGACUGGCAGCAUGCCUCCAGAAUUUCAGACAGGAGUCUCUCUCCCAGACCACCUGGAGAUGUCAGGGAUUGAACCUAUGACUUUCUGCAUGCAAGGCAGAUGCUCUCCCACUGAGCUAAAGCCCUUCCCCCUGUUUCAAGGAGGGUUAUUAAUCAAAGGGGGCAUGUAAGCCUUUUUUGUGUGGAUUAAGUAGAUUUCACCGAACAUUGCCAAGGCCCUGAAGAUACACUGUUGUGUCUGACAAGUUGGUGUCUGAGCUGUGCAGGCAGAUGGAAGGGGGCUUGGCUUGGCUUGUGGGCAAGCCCCAUGGUUAAUUCAUAGAUUUGAAUGUUUACAUGGCCGGCUGUUCGGUAUGUCUAAUGAGAGGCAAAUUAAAUAACCGAUGAAGGAGAUUAGCAUCUGGAAUAAAGUCCAUCUCAGCUGGAGGAAGAAAAUUGUUUUUGUUACCGUGCGUCAAAAGGCCUUACCCGAGUUUUGAAGGGCUUCAGUGUGAUGUUGGGAAAGAGCUUCUGAUUCGGACAGGACUCAUACAGUUCCUCCCCUGAACUUUCCUCCCCUCGCUGCAGAAAAUAAAAAAUAAAAUUGUGUUUCCCAGCUUGUGCCCUGUGGCAAGACAUUCUGGGUUUUUUGGCAGCAGGAAAAUUCAUCCCAGCAGGAACUAGGACAGCACAGCUAUUUAAAUAUAUGAGAGAGGGGGGGGCAGGCCAGGGUUGUGGGGUUUGGUUUGUUUUAAAUUGGUUGCCCACAGUGCAUCUGACUGCUGGGUACCCCAAAAUUAAAUGUCACAACUGGUAAAUGGAUAGGCUGGGCAAACUGAUGACCAACUGAUAUUUUGGUGCAUCCUGUAUACCAGAGGUCAGCAAACUUUUUCAAGCAGGGGGCUGGUCUACUGUCCCUCAGACCUUGUGGGCGGCCAGACUAUAUUUUGAAGAAAAAAAUGAACAAAUUCCUAUGCCCCACAGAUAACCCAGAGAUGUAUUUUAAAUAAAAGCACACAUUCUACUCAUGUAAAAACACCAGGCAGGCCCCACAAAUAACCCAGAGAUGCAUUUUAAAUAAAAGGACACGAUCUACUCAUGUAAAAACACCAUGCAGGCCCCACAAAUAACUCAGAGAUGCAUUUUAAAUAAAAGGACACAUUCUACUCAUGUAAAAACACGCUGAUUCCCGGACCGUCCGUGGGCUGAAUUUAGAAGGCAAUUGGGCCAGAUCUGCCCCCCCCCGGCCUUAAUUUGCCUACCCAUGGUGUAUACUGUAGGAUUAUAAGGCUGGAUUUAAAAGCUGGACUUUGGCAAAGAAUAGUAUGCCUUAUAAUCACAGAAUGUGAAAGUUGUCAAGGACCUCAGAGCCCGUCUAACCCAACCCCAGUUCACUGAAGGAAGCUUUCUGUCACAUCAUCCCGGGCUGAUGGCUGUCCACCCUCUGCUUAAAUGCCUCUGGCAAGGGAGGGGACACAAGCUCCUGAGAGAGGCUGGGACACCGUCUAGCAGCUCUUACCAUUAGUGGUGCUGAUGAUGGCUCUCUGGCAAGUGGGUCAAGAAAAUGCCAUGGUACAAUUGUUGUGGCCGUCCUUUGUGAAGUAGGAGAAAGGCUUGCUUCUCCCACUGGCGUGUGUGCCCCACUGCGGAAGAUGGAAUAUGGACUGAGCCCAGGAAUGCAGUGGUUUCCUGGGAAUCUUGCUUUUCAUUCCAAAAAUGCAGCAAGUUUCUAGACCUCAUGAUCAUAGAGGAAAACUCGGAAGAAAUCUUACGUGCACUCAGAGUGAGGCUGGGUAUGUCAAGACAGUAGAUUCUUGCUCAUAUACUUGUGCCACCAAUGAGUGGCUGCCCUUUGGAUCCCCUAGGCUGGGACAAUAAUAACUAUAAUUAUUGCUGGGGGGUUUUAAUAGUUAGUGCUGUUUUUCUAGAAAAAGAGGUGCCAGAACUCACCAUGAAUACCUCCCUUGUUCUUUUAUAAUGGUAAUGGUGCCCACCUGAGAAGUGCCGGAACUGAGUCCCGGUGAGUCCCAGCUGGAAAAAAGCCCUUAGUUGUUGUAUUUGCCGAUCCAGAAGUUUACUUCAUGCCAGAAAAAAAAAUACAUGUGAAGCAGUCCUUCUGUUCCUCCCUCACCCGACCUGAUGGUCACAUUUGGAGCUGAGAAGUUUAUUGUCUCAAGCUCACUCUGGGUAUUGUGUGCUGUAGUGGUUAAGAAUGUUAGCCUAGGGCCUGGGAGACCAGCGUGCAAAUCCACAUUCGGCUGUGAAGUUCACUAGGGCCAAUCACUGCCUCUCAGCCUAACCUACCUCACAGGGUUGCUGUGCGAAUACAGUGAGGGAGCGGGGAACCAUGCAUGCUGCUUUGAGCUCCCUAGAGAAGUAAAGGUAAAGGUAAAGGGGCCCCUGACCAUUAGGUCCAGUCGUGACCGAUUCUGGGGUUGCGGCGCUCAUCUCGCUUUAUUGGCCCAAGGGAGCCGGCAUACAGCUUCCGGGUCAUGUGGCCAGCAUGACUAAGCCGCUUCUGGCGAACCAGAGCAGCGCACGGAAACGCCGUUUACCUUCCCACCGGAGCGGUACCUAUUUAUCUACUUGCACUUUGACGUUCUUUCUAACUGCUAGAUUGGCAGGAGCAGGGACCGAGCAACGGGAGCUCACCCCGUCGCAGGGAUUUGAACCGCCGACCUUCUGAUCGGCAAGUUCUAGGCUCUGUGGUUUAACCCACAGCGUCACCCGCGUCCCUUAAAGAAGUAAGUGGGAUAUAAAUGCAAUGAAUGAAUGCAUAUUUAGGCACAUGCCACAGUCUUCCUUUCCCACUCUCACAGGAGACUGAGUAGCUUGUUUCCACUCAGCCUCCUUGAAACCUCAGCUUUUCUCAGCCUUUCACAACCCAUCUCUUUGGAGCGUCUUCCUGCUUUUAUUUCCUUAGCGGAAGGGAGACAGCUGGGCCCGGGAGGGAGGGGGAACCGCUGCCUGCUGGGACGUUGAGCUGCAGCCAUAUGGGCCCCUUCAUUAAUCUUCCCUCGCACGCCACCCCCCAGCCACCCAUAUAAAGAUGGUGUGCCCUAACUGUGCCAAAAGGGGCAGGUUUUAUUAUAGAUGCCCAUUAUUUCCAUGGAAUUACAUGGGCAGCCUUAUCCUGACCGAGGCCAUCGCUUCAUGACCUUCCUCUACAUUUCCAGAUUGCCGCUGCUGACAUCCCACCCUCUGCCCAGACACCCACCUGCUCAUUUUCAUGUCUCGCACGCCCUUUGGGGGAGGGGGUUCUGAGGAAGAAGGAUAUUUCUCCCUUUGCGUGGCGACUUUUGUGUAUCUGUUGCCAUUCACAGUUCAGUUCCUUCCCCAGUUGGGAAAUUUUUUAUCCCCCCCCCCAAAAAAAUACAGUGAAAAACUCACACCCUUCCUGGGGGGAAAAAACUGAGAGGGGAGGUGGGUAAGGAUGAGAAGAAGCGUGCUCCCCCCCCCCUUUUUAGCAUGUUCUUGCCAAAAUACUUUUCGCCAAGCAGCAAUGACAGCCUGUUAGAACUGAAUGGUGUGAUUUCUCCUCACAUUUCUGAAUGAAUCAUCCUGCAAUUUAAGCUAAAGAGAUGUUUGGUUUGCAGUGCCUCCCGCUUCCCCUCUUUCUACUGAUGUGAUGCGUGAGUCAGGCACAAAUGUGAAAAGUUGGAAUUAUCCCCAUAAAUGCCCACUUUGGGGGGCACAGCCUAAUCUAGUUCCUGGCUCAUUUUUUAGAAGUAUAUUUACCUUUUAAGGACAAGGGGCAUUUUAUAAGUUCAUUCUUACUUAUUUUUGCUCUUCGGCACGGGGUCUUUAAAGCAGACCACAACCGUUUGGUUUAAACUUAUGUUUAAAUGGUAAGUUUUUUUCACUGCGAAAAUGACAGACAAUCAAAGCAGUGGAACUAAAAUCCACACAUUGUCACAGCUAAACAGUGGGUGCCACCUUAGAUUUGUUCAGAGGCCUUGCAGAAUGAAAAAAGGUAUUGACUAACCUCCAAACCAAGCUUGAUAAGCCUCUAGUUGCAAAGGGUUUCACAGAAGUGACCCUUUACUUUCCUGGUGUACUUCUCUUCUUUGCCCUGUUGCUCAAGAAUCCAGAUUCUGCAAACCAAAUCCUAUAUCCAGUAAACCAGUAUUAUUUAUUAUAUCUAUAUGCCACCUUUGCUCCAGCAAGCUCUCCUCUGUCUCAUCUGAUCCCCACAACAACCUUGUGAGGUAGGUUUCCUAGGAAGCUUCGUGGCUUCUUUUUCACAUUGUUGUACCUCCAAAAGUUGUAUUUCCAUAGCUAGAAAUGUUAUAGUAGCUUGGGAAGGCAAACCUUGGAGGAGGUGGCACUGUAAAUCAAAGUUAACAAAGAUCCGAACACAAGUAGCAUAAUAUGUGUAAUUUAGACCUGUUUAAUAAAUGUUUUCUAGAUAUAGUCAUCAUGCAAAUGCCUUGUGCACUCAUUGACAAGAACAGUGGAAACAAGGAGCAGGUUUUACUUCUUAUUGUGUGUUUCUCUCUAUCUAUUUUUCCUUAUAUCUCUAUAAGGUAUGGUUAUCAGAUGUCCCCGUUUCCCGGGGACAGUCCCCAGAUUUCCAAAUCUGUCCCCGGAUAAAAUCCGUCCCCGGAAUGUCCCCGGAUUUCAUUUAGUGUCCCCGGAUUUAUAUUUUAAGUGUUGUAGAUUUAUUAGUAGGGAAGGAAUGUUGUGUGAUUGGUUCAGUGGCACAAAACACAUCAUAUGGGGACUUCCGGCGAGGCAAAAUGGCGGGUGCCACGGCAGCGAGCAGCUCCUGAAGCCAGCCAGAGCCAACUGCACUACCAGGCUGGCUCCGGGCUGCUGAGACUGCCAUUGCCGCCCCCACUGCCAAGGGGGAACUAGGGACGCCCAGCGCAUCAACUGGGAAAACCACUGACACACACCCCCGUGACCCAAAUCAAGCCAGGAGCAAGAGCACCUGGCCACCCGGCCGACUGCCCAGCGGUGCUCCAGGGCCAGGAAAAUCCUGGAGCUAAUGCAGGGAGGAGAGGAGACAGAGAAGGGAGAGAGAAAAAGAGAAAGGAGAAAAAAGAGGGGAGCCCUGACCUUGACAUGCCACUGCUGCUGCCACUAAGGAGGAGAGGUAGGAGAGCACCGGGAGGGCAAGGACACGUGGCCGAGCCCAGGCCUAACCUGAGCCUAUUCCAUGGCAGCUAGCGCUUCAAGAGAGCAGGCCAGGGCCCAGAGGAAGGUCGCGUGACAGAGGAGACCACAGAAGAGAAGACAUUACUUCUUCUUUUUUAAUAAAUAAUUUUUUAAAAUAACUCCCCCCCCCCUUUUUUGUGUGUGUCAGGGAUGAUGGCCAUUGUAGUAGAGGUACUAAGUCGAGGAAGACUGGAGUACAGAUUCCUGCCUUUUUAGCACUAAGACUGAAAGCUCAGAGAGGAGAAUAUCCCUGGGGAGAUUAGGUCCCCUGAGUUUGUCUUGCAUUCUACUGAAUGUCUAAUUUUGAAGGCAAAGUGGUGUGAGUUGGUUACCUGGAACCUAGUGGAAGUUCUGGGCUGCUUUUGGGUACCAAAAUGUGCGGGUAGUUGUUGUGGUGCAGCAAGGCGAAUAAACUGCCGUGUCCUCUAGUUCUUCUUUAAAAUAGUGUUCUUGUGCCACUCAGUUGGCCUCUCAAUGUCUCUCUUUCCCCCCCUCCCCGCACCCCCAGACUUCCCAUGCUAGCAUCUAAACGGACUUUUUAUAUGCCACUGGUAGAUGGAUGCAGCAAAGCGCUGCAUAUGCCAAUGUUUGUUUCCAUAGUAACUAAUGCACUUCAGAGAAGGAGAAAUAGGAUAGUCAGGAAGGACAAGGGGGGAAAGAUCACAAUAAAACUGGCACAGCGAGUGUAGAUGCCGAAUGCUUGGAAUAUUUUCUGACAGAGGUUUCGGCUCACAGAGCUCCCCUAAACUUGAGUGGUUUUUAGUGUUUUGGCUUCUGAGUGCCUCAUUAGCCACAAUCGUCAUUAACCACUUAUCAUUAUUAAACACUCUCAUCUACAAAGGUUGAGCUCAGGGAACAGGGCAUACCUCUAAAUGUUUGAACAGUUUGUAGUUAUUUGUCCCAGGUUUCCUGUGUGACCUUGAAAAUGGAUGGUGAUCAUAGAGUUGUAGAGACAGAAGGGACCCUGGGGGGUCAUCCAGCUCAACCCCCUGGUGGCCACAGACCAAGGGUAACUCAGAGUGGUGUGAGCUAUUGUUCUGUAUUGUGUGGCCCAAAGUAAGGAGACCAUAUGCUGAUUAAAUCUGGCACAGAAAUGUGCCAGACAGCCCAAACCUAUCCCUGCCUCUACUCAGAAGUAAGCCCCCACUGAAUUCAAUGGGACCUACUUCCUGCUAAAUGUUUGCAGGAUUGCAGCCUAAUCUUAACGGUUCAUACUCACUUCUGAACAACCCCACUACAAAUAUAGUUACGCCUUCUUUGGGGGGUAUUGAUAUGAUUCCCCAUGUGGUUUUCAUAAAUUAAUGUCAGCCCCACGACUUCACCUGCUCCAGGUGAGCUCUACUGAAACAAAUGGAUGUCGCCUAGUAGCCACAUUUGGCCGACUGGUGAUAUGUGCCAGUGGACUCCUGGACCCUUCUGAGGCAACAGUUCCAUCUCUUGGAGCGAAAUCAUUAGGAGAGCAUCUCUCCUUGUUUUGAAACUAAUUAAACAUUUGGAGUACUAUUAGUACAAUGGAUGGCAGUUUUACACAGCAUCAGCAACUCUGAAGAGAGAAGGUGAAUGGAUAUUGUGGAGUAAUGAACUGGGAGUCGGGGGCAGAAAUAAAUAAGGAAUCGCGUUCAGGAGACAAAGAGCUGUUUCCUCCCCAAAUCCCAUGAGAAAUUAACUGUUUGUCGGGGUUUUCCUGUUCUUCAGAAAACCCGGAGUAAAAGAGCUCAGACUUACAUACUCUUCUGCCUGCUUUAAUACUCUGUUACUCUUAUUAAUUGUGUAAACAUUUUAAAAAAACUAUUUCUGAGGGGGUGUGGAUGGACAAAGAUAAAUGUCAGCCCAGUCCUCAGCAGGGCCUCUAUUUAUCUGGUCCGGUGCAGCAAUCACCUCACCAUCUCUAACAAGGGCAACUGGCAGGGCUUUUUCCCCAGCUGGAACUUACCGGAACUCAGUUCAGGCACUUCUCAGGUGGGCGUCAUUAUGAGAGAACAGGGGAGGCGUUUGUGAUGAGUUCUGGCACCUCUUUUUCUAGAAAAAUAGCACUGGCUACUGGUAACCAGGUUUACUUUUUAUGGUUUGCAAACCAGCUUCUAACCUUGGUUCCAACUUUCAGUUGAAAACAUAACCUUGGUUAGCUUUAGCCAUGGUGAGUGUGAAUGCAGAAAUAAAUAGGGUGUUCUCCAGUUUGUGCCUUUGAACCCAUGAAAGGGCUUUUGAUCUGUGCAGGUGUCUACUAAUGAAAGAGGAAGGGGUGCAAUUUUUGGAGAUUCCCCUCUGCCCCCUGAAGCCACCUUCCACCUUGUUCUGAAUGGUUGCCAUCAUCCCAGACCAUUGGCCAGGUUGGGAGUUGGGGUCUGACCACAUCUGGAGGGCCACAGGUUUCACCAUGGUUUGAUCCUGGCUUGUUCUCUCUUUAACUGUAGUUAAAAACAAAAAACGACCAUUUCCCAAGACUGGACAUAAUGGGCAUAAAAUCAGAAGGGGAAGCUUUUGAUCUUUUAACCAGGGCUACGAAAGAGGAAGAGGAAGGAUGCAAAGACUCUCUGUAGCUCUUUCAUGUAAUGGGAAGCUGCUUUUUUGGUUAUGUUCAAUGUUAGCCAUCAGUUGAUCUGAAGGCUGCUUAGCUGGGACAGAAAGCUGAAUAAGAAGCAUGAGGGAUAAAGCCAGAGCAGCAAAAUCUUUAAAAACUACAGCUCCUUCCUUCCUUGUCACAGCUGUAUUUGUGAAGUUCAAAGAUAAGGCACAUUUUUUGUGUGUAUUUUAGAAAAAGGCUAUAAUAUGCACCUCUUCGCACUGCCUGGACAGCACAUUCCCUGCAGUGAUACUGCAUACCGCUCUGUCAUCCCAAUUUACCUUCACAGCCCAACGGGAUAAUCCCCCUUUUGUUUUGCCGAACAGCAUGAAGGCAAAAUAUUGGAGAGUUCUCAAUGAAGCCAUUGUUGGUUUCUCUGAAUGGCAUAGUGCAAACAUACAAAUCAUAGAGACAGGAAGGGGGCAUCUUUCUGAAUAAAGACAUUGUGUCUCACCUUGCUUGGGAGAGACCGUAAAAGGGAUCCCCCAUACCAGAAGGUGAGCAUUGGACUAGUUGGGUACUCAGGUUUCUUGACAUUAAAGGAACUUUUUUUGACUUUUCAACAGAACGCCAAACAGAGAACUUGAUGGCCCAUUUAUUAAAAAAAACAAGCCCUCCUUUAGCUGCAGCUGUGUGUAUAUACUUACCUCCUGGGUUCCCUUCACAACCUUCCUUGAAGGGCACUUGAUGCUCUUUGGAGGAUGUUGCCAUGCAGCCAGCGAAGGGGGUGCCAAAUAUUCUCUCCCUCUGCCCGUGUCAGACAGAAUAUUGCUUCCUAGUUAAAAGCGACCCAGUGCUAUGGGUGACUUCAAAGGUUAAGUUGGUUUCCGGGGUUGAAAACUUUCCUGGUAUGUUCUGAGUAAACAUUUCAUCCCACCAAGGACACCAAGGUGCAUGUUAGGUAAAACUGUAUUUAAUUGUAGAUCAGUCCUUUUGCUACUGGAAAAGCCACUUCAGGAGGAGUCAAUUGGGCCUGGGAAACUCACCCCUCCAGUAAUGUACAGUCAUACCUCGGAAGUCAAACGCCUUGCAAGUUGAACGUUUUGGCUCCCUUAUGGCACAAACACAGAAGUGAGUGUUCCGGUUUGCGAACUUUCUUUGGAACCCAAAUUUCCGACGUGGCUUCCGAUUGGCUGCAGAUUGGUUCCCGACGUUUUGGAAGUCGAACGGACUUCCGGAGCAGAUUCCGUUCAACUUCUGAGGUAUAACUCUAGUGACAAAUUCAGAAGUGCAGGGUCCCUUCAGGGUAUCUGUAGCCAAGUCUCUCACAGCCACACUUCUUUAUAAUUAAUAAUAAUUUAGGGUGCAUUGCAAUGAUCAGUGCAGACCUCCAUGUGUUUCCUUUCAGCUAGACCUACCAUUUUCUGUGUGGAUAACAUGGGGAAAUAAUUUGGAGUGCUCUUUCACAGUGACUUGAGCCUUUAUCAAAGUCCCAUUGUUCGUAACAGAACUUGUAAACCGUUCUCUUGAAACCUUGCGCUUUCAGUGUUCUUAAAAGCUUAGCUUUGGAGUGUACUGAACACCUUAUUAGGUAUGAUGAUUCCAACCAGCACCAAUUUGGAUGCCUCUGAAGAUCUUGUUGCCCAAGUCAUACUCCGCUGGUAGAGCAUGAGACUUGACCACAUAUCACCCUCAUGGUCCCUUCCAACUGCACAAGUCUGUGAUUCUAUGACAUCCUUAAAUAAGCAAAUAAAUAACAAACCAUGAUGCCUCUGAACAUAUCAGGGGAAAUCCAUCCUGAUGGGUGGGGUAUAAUAAAUAAAUAAAUAAAUAAAUAAAAUAAAAUAAAAUAAAAAACAUAAAAACAUAAAAAAUAAAAUAAAAUAAUAAUAUCGCUGUCAUAAUCAUCUACCUUUAGACACCAGACACCACAUCAAAUCGAGAUGGCAGUCCAAAUAAACCAUAAUUAAACUUUAGACACACACAUCCCAUUAAUCCAGAGCUGGGUCAGGUGUUCUUUGGAUCAGGUCAGAGCCUAAAACAAUAUAAAACGUGUAGUUUAAAAAAAUCACAAUAUGUGUUGGUUUUCUAUAUAAAAAAUCACAGCAUCUAUAUAAAAAAAUCACAACAUGGUUUCCUCGGAUUCUUGGUCAGUACCAGAUGUUUCUUGCUGGAAUAUAUAUAUACCGUAUAUACUUACCAGUGUUUGCUCUCUUGUUUUUUGCAGGGCCCUGUCCGUAUGGCUCCUGAUCUUGCCGCGUCUCCUGCCGUGGGAUACGUCUCCAUAAACCAGAAACCUGAAGCCGUGGUGCACGCUAUGAAGGUAAGGGGAGGGGUGUUUUGCACGCAUUCAUCUGGGCUUUGCAUUCCAGCUCAAGAGAGGAAGACAAUGCGGAGGGGGAAUCAGAGACUCUGGGCUGAGAAAUAGCUGAGCAGGUGUGCUCUUUUUAUUGACAUAAAAAGAGCUUUGCUAGAUCAGGCCUAAAGCCCAUCUAGUCUGCCACCCUGUUCUCCCAGUGACCAACCAGUUGCCCAUGAGAAGCCCACAAGCAGGACCUGGGCACAAGAGCCCUCUCCCCAUCUGUGGUUUCCAGCAACUGGCAUUCAUAGAAUCUUAGAGCUGGAAGGGACCAGGAGGGUCAUCUAGUCUAAUGCAGGAGUCUCAGCUAAAGCAUCCAUGGCUGUCCAUGGCAUUUCAGAUGGCUGUCCAACCUCUACUUAGAAACCUCCAAGGAAGGAGAGAAGUAUACAGCCUGUGGCAGUAGGCUAGUAGCCAUCGAUCGCCCUCUCCAUUAAUUUGUCUGACCGUCUUUUGAAGCCAUCCAAUUUGGUGGUCACCAUUGCCUGGCUUGCAACUGAUAUUCAGAGGCUGACUGUCUCUGAUACAAGACGUAGCACCCACCAACAUGGCUAGCCUCAUCCUCCAUGAAUUUGCCUAAUAAUAAUAAUUUAUUAUUUAUACCCCACCCAUCUGGUUGGGUUUCCCCAGCCACUCUGGGAGCCUCCCAACAGAAUAAUAAUAAUAAUAAUACAGUGGUACCUCUGUUUAUGGACGCGAUCUGUUCCGGGGUGCUGUUUGCACCCCGAAAAGUCUGAAAGUAGAGCGCCACUUCUGCGUGUGACGCGAUACAGCGUUCCUGUGCAUGCGCGAAGUGCACAGAACGCUCCUGCGCAUGCACGAAGCGGCGAACCCAGAAGUACAGUGGUACCUCGGGCUAAGAACGUAAUUCGUUCUGGAGGUCCGUUGUUAACCUGAAACUGUUCUUAACCUGAAGCACCACUUUAGCUAAUAGGGCCUCCCGUUGCUGCCGCCCCACCGCUGCACGAUUACUGUUCUCAUCCUGAAGCAAAGUUCUUAACCCGAUGUACUAUUUCUGGGUUAGCGGAGUCUGUAACCUGAAGUGUCUGUAACCUAAAGUGUCUGUAACCUGAGGUACCACUGUAAACACUUCCGGGUUUGCCGCAUUCGUAACCAGAAAAAAUGCAACGUGAAGCAAACGCAACUCGAGGUAUGACUGUAAUAAUAAAGCGAUAAAACAUUAGACAUUAAAAACUUCCCUAAACAGGGCUGCCUUCAGAUGUCUUCUAAAAGUCAGAUAGUUGUUUAUUUCCUUCACAUCUGAUGAGAGGGCAUUCCACAGGGCGGGCGCCACUACAGAGAAGGCCCUCUGCCUGGUUCCCUGUAACCUCACUUCUCGCAGGAAGGGAACCGCCAGAAGGCCCUCGGAGCUGGACCUCAGCGUCUGGGCAGAAUGAUGGAGAUGCUCCUUCAGGUAUACUGGGCCGAGGCCGUUUAGGGCUCUAAAGGUCAGCAGCAACACUUUGAAUUGUCCUCGGAAAUGUCCUGGGAGCCAGUGUAGGUCUUUCAAGACUGGUGUUAUAUGGUCUCGGCGGCUGCUCCCAGUCACCAGUCUAGCUGCCUCAUUAGUUGUAGUUUCCGGGUCACCUUCAAAGGUAGCCCCAGAUAGAGCACAUUGCAGUAGUCCAGUGCUACAUUAUAAAGCCAUUGCUACAUCUUGGGGCAGCAAAUUCCCCAGAUCACCUCUGUCUCGUGUACUUUAUUUUGUCUGUUAAGAGUUCACACGCAUGAGCUUAGGCUACUCCCUCACGAUGGCAGCAGAAAGAGCAUGACAACAUCAGAUAGGAAUAGCCGAAGCUUCUCUGACUGGGCCCCGUGUUCCUCGGACCAGUGUUGACACUGGUGUUCCCCACAGGAAAUGGAAACCUCUAGCUCUGCCGUGGGGAAUUCUGGGAAAGAGGAGAGUCAGAAACCUCUUUUCUAUGCUGAACGCUACAAAAGUGAUCACAAACCAAAUCCUCCACUUUGCCGUAGCCACGUACGCACAGACUAAAUGUCACAUCGCUGUAUCUGUAUCGUCCCCCCGAGACCAUUGUUUUCAUUAUCCACGAGUUUCAGUGCUGCGCAAAGCACUCUUAAUGUACCAGACCCGAGGGCACUUAGAUAAUCUUCCAGGGUUGCGAUGCUGUGCAUAGAUACCAAGGAAAGGGGGGUGGGGAGGCGAGAGAGAAAGCUUGCUCAGCUGGCAGAAUCAGCUUGUAUUUCUGGGUCCAGAAAUCUAUUUUUAACAGAACAGACUCCGAACGCUGCAUUUCAUCAGGGCGCAUUGACAGAGAAAACUGCUGAGCAUCUUCCAGUGGCACAGCUGUUGGAGGCCCAGAUCCCCUAAAGCGCAGCCUUUCCAAGGGUUGCCACCUUAUAUUCACGGCCCUGCUCCUCUGCCACUAGCAGCCCGAGAUGCAGGAAUUGAGCAGAUGAGUUGUUUUCCGUUGUUUCCUUCGCGGGUCUUUAAUAAGCUUCACCUUAAUUUCUGUUUGUCAGGCUUCUGUCGAAGGCACAGGGCAAGGUCAGAGAGGAAAGGUGGCAACGCUAGGAGAAAAUUGCCCGCUGAGUGUUGCAACCUUUCCAUCCUGCCAGCGGCUUUGUGUUUUUCUACAUCUGUAUGAUUUGGACUCGUUCACCUCUUGGGGGGGGGGGGAAUUAUCAAACAGCUUAUAAAAUCCAUUAAUAAUAAUAUUGCUGGGCAUAUGUUUAACAGGAGCAGUUUCCUGCAUCCAUGCAUCUUCAUGCAAUACAAUGCAAGCAGAUAGGAGGUUUUUUCCCCUUGCCACAAAUCCCUGUAGUUAACAUUUUACACUGGGGGAAGCAAUAUGAGGAUGCAAUAUAGGGUUAGGUUACUGGAGGGUUUCAUGCAACCUAAUGGAGAGUCUCAGCCUGGAGUACAUACAUGUGGCCGUGUGCAUUCAUUCAGCUACCAGCAUGAUAUUUCUGGGGCUGGGAUUUGAUUAUCCAGGCUGAUGAGUAUCGCAGGCGUGCCCAGACCAACGAGUCGGUUUCGCAGCCUGCAUCCAGCUUGAUCAAUAAUUAAUUCCUUCCUAUUCAUUAGAGAUCUAUUUUUAUUUGCAAGCUUGUAAAUGCCGCUUGCUUGCUUGCUUCCUCUGGUGUUCCUGCGCCCCCUUGCAAAAAAGAGAGGAGCCAACGGAUUGAAUUAAUUUAAGCGAAACCGUACAGUCAUGCAAAAUUGCCAUUGGUUCAAAAUAUGUCGGUUAAGCUAGUGGAUAAUGCAAUUUCCAAAGUAGGUUAAGGGCCCUAAGAGAAUGACCUAUUUUUGUAACUGAGACUUCCGAGGCACGGCAGGAAAGGGAAGCAUUGGUCCAGUUCAAAGCGGUCAGUGCGCAAAGCGCAGUGCCACCCGCUAGAACGCUGAGUGGAGAAUUUGUGCCUGGUUUUACAGAGUGUUGUGUUCAUCUGAAUCAAAACAACCCACAUUCGUUGCGGUGUUAACCAUAAUUCUGUCACCGAGUUUGGGGCGGGGGGGAGUGGAAGCUUGAUUCUUCAAUCGGAAUUACAAUGUGGGUGAUUAUUAUGCUCGUGUCACAGCACUGUCAGGAAUGUCCAACGUCAGGAAUUAACUCUUUCUUAUCAAAAGCACACUUGCAAGUUAGGAAAAGUCUUGCGUCUCUCAGGUGUGUACCCAAUAAGGCAGUUGCGGCAACAGGGAGGGGCCCCCCAGCUCAGCUUAUGUAUCUCCCCCACCUGAGCAGGCAGAGACAAUGUCUGUGUGCAACUUGCUUCAAUCUUCUUCUAGCCCUGGGAGACAGUGGAGGCAGGUGGGGGCAGGAGGAGAGGUGUGGCAGCCCCAGCCUGACCUUUCCCUCCCUCCCUCUUGACCUGCUCUUGACUCUCCAAUCCUGCAGCUCCUCCUGCCUCCGACUCUCGUCUCCUGGCUGCUACAGGCUACCACGGAUCCCUUCUUCCCAGUCAGUCUCCAGCCCACCUUCUCCCAGUGCCCAUGCAUCCAGCCACCACCCCUCAGUGUCCAGCCAGUCCUUGACAGCUAGACAUGAAUGAGGAGUAGGGUGGUCAUGUGUCUCUUGCUUUACAGAGGACCAUCCUCUGUCUGAAGGAGUCCUCUGUCCAGUCCAGGCUUUCUUUAUAUUAAAGAUAAAGAACUCCAAGAAGGGAGAGCAGGGGCCUUGAAGUUGCCCAUAUCCAUACCUGGGAAGCAGACUGAGCAGGUACACACAGUCACCUGGUCUUCCCCAUAGCAGCUAGAUGUAUUUCUGUUUAAAGUAAUGAUUUAUCUGUUUGUGUCUGUACACUUUAAUCAGCAUCACCUUCUGCAAAUCUGUAUACAGUCGUACCUUGGAGGUCAAACGGAAUCCGUUCCAGAAGUCCGUUCGACUUCCUAAAAGUUCGGAAACCAAGGCAUGGCUUCCGAUUGGCUGCAGGAAGUUCCUGCAGCCAAUCGGAAGCUGUGAUGGACGUUUGGGUUCCAAAGAACGUUCGCAAACCGGAACACUCACUUCUGUGUUUGUGCUGUUCGGGAGUUAAAAUGUUCGACUCGCAAGGCAUUUGGGAUCCAAGGUACGAUUGUACUCUUUUGUCUGCUCUUUGGCAGGUGAUGCAUAAGUGGCCACUCUGCUUUAUGCAGAGCCACACUGUCCAUCUUUGUAGCUCAGCAUUGUCCAACUUACUGGCUCAGAUUUAGGGUGGGAGUCUUGCCCUGGAGAAGUCAGGGAUUGAACCUGGAACUUUUUGCAUGCAUGGUAUCUAUCACUGAAGCUCCAGUCCUUCCUUAACCACUUAUGGACCACUCUUCCUUUACUGUCUUCUGUACCUAACUAUGACAGCAGAAGUUUGUCUCUUUUUACCAUACCUUGGCACGAUUUUGGAGCAGGAGAUCUGAGUCAGGCCACAGCUUUUUCCAGCUUAGUUACCUUGCACCUAAUUCUCUUUUGUGCCAGGAACUGCACAAUUCAAUGGCAAUAUGGGCAGCAUCCAGUGACCAUUUGCAAAAAGUGUGUAUGCAUAUGUUGAAAGUAGAUCACAUGUUCUCCCCCCCCGAACCCCCCUAGUGCUAACCAUUCAUUUCUAGCUUAGUGAUGUAUGCGGAUGGAACACUUAUCUCAAGCUCCAUAUGUUUUACUGGCAAUUAGACUUCCCACUCUCCUGUGUGUGUGUUGAGAUUUUGCCCUGUUUGCCCUCCCAACGUGGCAGACAGCAUGAGGAUGGAGUGGUCAUUCCACUUAGGGGUACCUUAGGGUCUAUCACUGUGUGACAUCAUUUUACAAUUUCAUGUCCAUUGUGUUUGUAGGUCCUUGAAGUCCAUGAGAAUUUGGACAGGCAAAUUCAAGAAAACUAUGAAGAAGACCUGAGUGAAAAGGAGAAAGCAAUUGUUCGUGAAAUGUGCAAUGUAAUGAACCCAUUUUCACAGUCUUUCCCAUUUCAGUUUUUCACUUCCAACUGUGGUGUUAAAUGCUGUCCAAUAUCUUGUUCUGUGUGUGCAGGCUUAGUCGCUUGUUGUCUUUGCAACCUGCAGAGAAAUUGGGUUACGAAUACUGUCAGUCAAAACGUUCACACACUCAGAAUGCUUGUGGGUGUAAGGUGGCAGAGGCUUACUGCAGUUUUACAGAAAUGUGACCAUCAUGGCUCCUUCCAUCCUCCCAGUCAUGGUCAUUAUAGUUCAACAUGGUGAUGAGAAUCACCUAUUGAAGAUCUUUUCCCUUAUCUGAUCCCAAAACCACAGUUCUUAAGGCUUCCUGUGAAUGGGAAUUGUUAUUAAAUCAGUUAAAUCUACAAUCCUAUAUACGGUUACAUGAGAGUUAUAACAUCUGAAGGGCACCAGGUUGGGGCUGACUUAGACCUCACAUAUGGAUAUAUGGACUGGUGUAUUUUGUGUGUUGAGUUAUGGUUGUGGUUUGGCUUCCUUCACUGAAAAAUGUGGGUGGGGAAAAUUCCAUUCAUGAAUCAGGAUUCCCAUAGCCAGAAUGGAUCAGUGCCUGUGUGUCUUAUUGGACUAUAAUUCAGAGAGUGUCUUAGUACUCUAGAGCAGCCUUUCACAACCUUGGGUUCCCUGAUGUUAUUGGGAGUCUCGGAGAAAGACGUGCUCUCCCAAGCCCAUGUUCCCAGCAUGUGGCACUCCUGUCUCCAGUGCCUGGAGGCAGACAGGUUGUGCUUCCAUAACAGUGACCAGAGGAGGAAUGGGCGCUGGGAGGAGCACAGAGAGAAGAAACGCCAUGGUGCAUCUGCAGCAACACAACCGGAUGCCUUCAUCUGCCACAGCUGCAGUGAAACAUGUCUCUCCCGUAUCAGUCUCUACAGCCGCAGUGGGUGCUGUAACUCUUGACUUCACCCUCAAGAGAUGUACUUCUCCAUUGUCUCCUGAGACAGAUGGAUAUCAACAAUCAGUCACAUUAUUUCUGACCGCUGCCCCUGCUGGUAAUGGAUGAUGGGCAUUGUAGUCCAAUAGGAUAUGAGGACCCAAGGUUGGGAAAGGCUAUUCUUGAAGGUUGUGCAUAACAAAUUGCUUUUGAAAGUCAAAAACUGUGGUCAUCUUUUACUUCCCCUUCUUUCCUCUUUUGCAAGUGAAAAGCCUCCCUGGAUCUUCAAUUUCAGACUGACCCAGUGCAUGUUUAGAUAGAUAGAUAGAUAGAUAGAUAGAUAGAUAGAUAGAUAGAUAGAUAUAGAUAUUCUUGGGAACCUCAACUGGGGCUUACCUUUAGUUAACUGUGUAUAGGACUGCAGCCCUGCAGCCCAGUCCUGUGCCAGUGAUCUCUCGAUAAGAGUGGGUAGGAUUUUACCUCCGCCUUGAAAUUCUCUGGUUUGCAUCCACUUGUUUUGACUAUUUCAGGUCUGUUCCCCUAAAAACAAAACAUAAACAAAACUUUGGAGCAUUACACCGCUCGUGGGGCCACCUAGGGUAACAGUUAUGGUUGAAAGCUCAUACUCCCCAGUGGGAUCUGGUCCAAUUUAGAAGCUUUCAGUAGAUGGAAACCGCUAAUCUUUGUAUGAUGUGAACACCCUGGGCUUGUGGGUUGCCACAUGGCACGAAGCCAUAAGCACCAAUGACAAAAGAAGCCCUGCUUCUUUAAGCGCACUCUGUUGCACGGGAAAGGCAUCGUGGUUUUUCCCACACACAAAGAGUGAAAAAACGUUCCAGGAUACGUCCCUGGAAAACCGCUGUGAACCUUAGACCUGGGUGGUUUCCCACAAACCAUCUUGCCAUUGCAAGUGCCAUCAACUAAUCCCCCCUCUGGGAUGUGAAGCACUGCGGAAUGUGCUCUGUUGUUCGACAAUGAAAUCUGUAAUCUGUCUUUAGAAAAAGCUUGCUUUUGGUGCAGGGAUGUGAGGGCUGCACCUCAAGAGGCUAUCCUUUUUAGCUUCUCUUUUUAAAACAAAAUAAUGAUGUUUGCACAGCCUGAGAUAUUACGACAAACGAGGAAAUCUUCUCAGGAAUGCUGCCGACACUUCCUGGUCUUUUGAAAUGGACUCCCCAAACAGACCUUGCCAAACAGACCUGGCCCAAGAGCCUGGUUUGGCUGGCGAGCUUUCUGGAGACCAGGGAUUUUUAAAGGGCUCAGUAAUCUGAGCCCUGAACUGGUAAUGCAGCCCUUCGUAAUGCAGCCCUCUCUUUCGCUCGGUUGCUUUGGAAAAGGAAGGUGUCUUAAGGAAAUUGUCCAAGACGCGUAAUUUUGCUGGGGCAGAGCUAUGGCUCUUGCCUGGGAGCAGGGGUGGCUAAUAAUAAUAAUAAUAAUAAUAAUAAUAAUAAUAAUAAUAAUUUGUUAUUUGUAUACCACCCAUCUGACUGGGUUGUCCCAGCCACUCCAGGUGGCUUCCAACAAAUUGUGAAACCACAGUAAAGCAUCAAACAUUAAGAACGAAUAGGCUCUAGUCCAAAACAGCUGGAGGGCGCUCAGUUGGAGAUGGCUGCUCUAAGCAUUUUUGGAUUUCUAAUGCAAGGCAACUUUGUGUCUGAAGGGCACACAACUUGCUCCGCUUUGGAAGCAAUGCUUGAUGAAGGGAACAUGACUCUUGCAAGCUUGCCAGCAACUGACCUAGCUCUGAACUCAACUUCUGAGCCUAAUUUGCUGGUUUGAUACCAUUACCUAAGGCAUCUCUCCCUCUCUAGUUCUAAUUUUGGGAGACUUUAACAAGAUCAGCAUUUUAAACCUGUCAGCCAAUGUUAUCUCGGGAUCUGGUUGCCACCUAGUGGAUCAGAGAGGAAUCUCGCAAACCCAGCUGGGGCCAGGAAUUCCUCGGAAUUGCAAGCGCUUAGCUGCCGUAGGGUCAUUUACGGCCUUUACCUUUAUCGUAUCUUCGGACAAUGAAGUCUUAAAACUGUUGUAGGCCGCCCUGAGUAGCACAUAUAGGCACUAGAAGGGUGGGAUAGAAAACUCUGUACAAAUGCAGAUAAAAUAAAUGGUAACAAGCACCCUCUCUUUCCUUUUGCUCUUAGGUCGUCUGGCGGAAACUGGGAGAUGCAGCAAGCUCCAAACCGUCCAUCAGGCAACAUCUUUCCGGAAACCAGUUCAAAGGCCCGUUAUAA